AUGCUGGCCGGCUGCGGUCGUGUGGCGCGGUCUGCCGCGAGCGGCUUGAGGUGGGGCCCGCCCGGCCGGGCCGGCGGUUGCAGCAGCUCCGCUCCCCAGAGAUGGGUCAGCACCAGCUGGUCCCCGGUGGGCGCUGCCUUUAACGCUCAGCAGCAGCACCGGCGGGAGCUGGGGAAGAAAACGGUGAGAGGCCACCUGGGCCGGGGAGGCUGGGGCGACCCCCUAACGGGGUCGGAGAAGGAGAGACUUGUUCUGAGCCCCAGAACCUCUUUUCGGUGCCAAGACUCCGGAGCAAGCGAUGCGAAGGCUGUGCACGGCCAGGAUUUUAUUUUUAUUUCUGCCUGCUUCCAAAAGGAAUAGAUAGCUGCUCCCACCCAUCCCUUUAUCCUCACCACAGCCGUUUGUCUGUGUGUUGUUUCAUACCUGUGCAUAAUUGUUUUGUAUUAUUGUAUGCUACUUAAAGGUUUUUAAAAGUGGUUUAUAUCCACUACCGCUCCUAAAUAAAUAAAACAGCCCUGUGAGGUGGGUUAAGCAGCUGGCCUCAGUUUUGUGGCAGAGUGGAGAUCUGACCCAAAGUGCCUCAGGUUUGAAUAAAACACCUUAACUACUACACCACACUGGUUCACAGUGUCUGGGGUCUUCACUGACUUUCCCCACAGAAUAGUCCUUGAUUUGAAUUGUAGGGUUAGGAACACCUCCACCCCAUUGAGCUUCAUGGCAUAGUAGCUCAGACAGCUAGAAAUCCAGCAGGACCUUUUUUCACCACUGUCUCUUUAUGCUAGGAUAACCUUUACAAGCUCUUUGCUUGUUGUGCAUUCUUAAAGCAUACCUGCACACUCCUUGUUCUGCUAAGUUGCAGCACUGGCAUAAGGGUUCAGUAAAUUCCAAGUACCCACUGUUGGCUUUGGGUGAGCUGAAUUUUAACUCUGAACUAAUCCUGGAUCAUCAACAUGUCACAUAGCACAGCCCUAUGGUUGACCUGAAAAGCCAGUGAGAGUUGUCAGUAAAACACAGGAACAAUCCAUAAAAGGCGACAACCUUAGGCUUAACAGUGGCAUUUGGAAAUUAGUGACCAUUCAAGAGUUUUGUUUCUUUGGAAAAGUGUUUAGCAAGUUAUGGUAACCUGGUGUAAGAGGUCACUAAUGUAUAUACUGCAUCUCAAUUUCCAAGCUAUCCUAUACAGUACUCUGUUUUUCAGUUCUCAGUGUAGUUCCUUAUGUAGCCAAAACACCUUAACUACUACACCAUACUGGUUCACAGUGUCUGGGGUCUUCACUGAAUUUCCACACACUCCAGAGAGAAAAAAUCUGCAGGCUUGGGUAAAUACUGAGGUUUUGUGUAUGCGUACAGAUGUAAAUGUGUGUACAGUGGUACCUCGGUUCCUGAACACCUCUGUUGUUGUACGUUUUGGUUCUCGAACACUGAAAACCCAGAAGUAAAUGAUUCCAUUUUUGAAUGUUUUUCGGAAGUCAAACGUGCAACGUGAUUUUUGCUGAGUGCAAGAAGCUCUUACAACCAAUUGGAAAAUGUGCCUCAGUUUUCAAACGUUUUGGAAGCCGAAUGGUCUUCCAGAACAGAUUACGUUCAAGAUCCGAGGUACCACUCUUUAUGUAUAAUGUACAUCACAGACACUUGCACAUAUAUAUGACACAUGAACGCAUAUGUUGCAGACACAUGCACAUAUAAACCUAUGGGGGGGAGCCCCAAAACAUCACUAUAACUGAAUAAGCUCAGUGGAUACAGGAUGCUGACUGGCCUAUGGGAUGGAGUGAAUGGAGCAUCCUGAAAGACGGCAUGGCUCACCAGCUGAACUGAGUAGCAGCAUCCCAAGCAACAACAUUUUGCUGAAAAUCAUACCAGUGAUUCCCACUUGUAGUAUAAACACAAGACGCUGUAAUAUUAAUUUAGGAAUCUACUUCGGGCACCCAAAUAAAAACAUAAUUGCUGUGUUGAGAAGUUGGUGAUUAAAUGAAGUGUGCUGAAACAUUUUCACACUUCAUGUAUUUUUAUAAAUACAGCUUAAAUGUAAAAAGCGGGUUUAUAAUUUAUAGCAUUGCUGCGAAACAGGAAAAGUUGUAGUGUAUUUAUUAUUUAUAUGGGACCUGUUCUUUGUGUUUUAGGGUCUGUUUGGUGUACCAGAGUUGAGUUGUCCAGAAGGAUUUCAAGAAGCUCAAGAAAAAUCACUGCAAGAAACAGAACGACUAGUACAAAAAGCAUGUACUACACCGCCUGGGAAGGAGAUAGUCAUGAUCUUUGAUCAGCUCUCAGAUGCUUUGUGUAGAGUAGCAGAUCUGGUAAGAUACUUUUGAAACUUUGAAAUUGCCAUUUGUUAAUUAUCACAUUUCUAGAUUCCAGUUUUGUAAAUUUUGUCAAAUGCAAUGGGAACUAUAUCAAUGUUAUAAUUAACAAUGAAACUAAAUGAGAUUUCCUGCUAAAACAGACAAGCCUGUCGCUCUAACUCCUUGAUUUAUUUUUUAAAAUGUAGUGCCCAAUAUAGUGAGUACUGGGCUUGUUAAAACAUUGCUUUUAGGCAGUAAUUUAUUUACUGGGGAUUAUGCCGUUGUGUUAGAUAGUGCAUGUAUUUGUUUUAUACAUUUUGGUAACCCACUGCUAGCUAUGGCUUCCCAUUAUGUAUACAGACAGUAGGAUAGACAUGUGGCUGAUCCUCAAGCAGAGUGGUACAAAGAUUUUCUUCCUCUCAUGUUCAUCUGUGUUUGAAAAUAAUUUAAAUGUGCUUUUCCUGAAGCUGUGUGAGGAAAAUGCCAUUUUUAAUAGUAUCAAUAGAUUGUACUGCUAUGAAACACAAGAUGCUCUUAUGAAAAAAGAUUCACAUGGCAAUUUAAGUUUGAAUUUCUAACUUUUCUUUAAAUAUCAAAACAAACAUUUCCCUAUCACUAUUAUAGUUUCUUUUUUCUACUGCUUUAGGCUGACUUUGUGAAAAUUGCCCAUCCAGAUUUUGCUUUCAGAGAGGCUGCUGAGGAAGCCUGCAGAAGCAUUGGCACUAUGGUAGAAAAGUACGUUUUAUUCAUUAUGUUACAGUUUAUCUGUUUAUUGAAUGCUGCUAUGAACAGUAGACAACAAGGUGUUUUGUUUUCCUAUGUGUUCUAAAGUCUUUAUGAAAACAAGGAGAAUCUCUCUUCCAAUUAAGAAAUCUGGUAAAAAUGUUUUUUAGUUUAUAGUAAUUACAGCCCUGAUAUUCUAAUUCUAAAUACAUGUUUCCUAACCACUAGGGCUGUUUCCAGACUGAAAUUCAAUAGCGUUUCUAAUUAUAAUUGAGAUAUUGUCCUUUUACAAUGUGUAAUAUUUUUCUGUGUUCUGUUCAUACCAGUGGAAGGACACCAUCCUAUUGGUGGGGAAAGCAAUGGUCCAUAUUACAUGAGUGGUCAUUUAAGAAAAAUGAAAUCCAAGAGUUCCAUUAAAAAACAACCCAGUCAUUUAAUUAGCUCCAAAAUGCUUAUUGAUUUAAGCAUGGUUGCUUUUCAUGAAAUUAAAAAAAGAAAAGAAGUAGUACUGAGCAGUUGUUUUGAAUGAGAAGUGCAGGCCUAACAUCUAGAUGGCUCAGUUGCUUAGAGUGUGGUGCUGAUAAUGCCAAAGUUGCAGGUUUGAUCCCCAUAUGGGAGAGCUGCAUUGCAGCGGGUUGGACUAGAUGAUCCUCAGGGUCCCUUCCAACUCUACAAUGCCACAAUUCUAAGAUGGGAAGUGUUUAUUGGGAGGAGCCACUUACUAUAAUGUCUCUUGCUAAAAUAGCCUUGCAUGGUGCAGGGGAAAGGCUGCCUCCCCAAAAAUGACUGCUGGAGAGCAAAACCUUUUCACCCAGCAAGGCCCCUGUUGCACGGGUUGGGGUCUUUUGCUGCCUAUUAGUUCUUCUUAUGACUGCAACAAUCUUAAUACGCCACCUAUUUUCAUUGUUGUGUUGUGAAUAAGUACUUGUUGACUGAUCUGUUGCUCUCAUCUACACUUCACUGGUUAUGGUGAUGUUAACAUUCUGUGGUUUCUGAAAACCUGACAGUUUAAAAGACACGACAAAAAAAUUCUGCAGAAAUAGUAAACCUAAAAAUGUUUUUGUUAUUGUACUAUGAAAUAAUUGUAUUAGUAGCAACUGAUCCUUUAAUCUUCUGUCUUUCUAGAUUAAAUACAGAUGUAGAUUUGUGCCAAAGUCUAAGAAAGUUGUUGGCUGAUAAAGGUGUAAUGGCAUCCCUUGAUCCAGAAACAAGGUACACAUUUUUAAUUUUGUUUCACUAGAUAUUUCUUCAUGAUACUCAGAAUGUUGACUAUUUAAUGUUCUGCAUACCUUAUUACAAUAUAGGUAGUUCAAAACACGGUGAAAUUAUUUUCACAGUAUACCAUAUUUGUGAGUCUAAUUCCAGUCUUUAACUAUGGAAAACAUUUUGUUAGUGGUCUAGGUAACCUAUGGUUACAAGUGCCAUUUCAUUCUUUGAAAUAUAUAUCCAAUAUAUCCAGACUUGUCCUUUGAUAGACGUACCAUGCUUCCUUUGAUAGACGUACCAUGCUUCCUUUGAUAGAUGUACCAUGCUUCCUCAGUUCAGAAUCUACUCGCUACUCUGAAACUGAGGGGACUUGUAAAAUUUGUAAAAUUCUGUGCUUUCCUCUGGAAAUUUUAAAACUCCAUGGUUUGGUCAGGGUUGGUAACCCUAACACCCCAAUUAUCAUGGUCAUCUUAAAUUCCUUUUGACUUUUUUUGUCUAAGGCCUCAGAGCUUUAUCAGACUUAUGGUCAGUGUGCCAUAAAAAAGUUUGCAAACAAGACAUGAUAAUAUCUAUUCUUAGAAAGAAUUAAACAAUGCAAAUAUUUGUCUUCCCUGUGAACAUGAAGAUUGUCUGUAUCUAGUUUAUUUCAUCAAUGUAGCAGCACCCUACGACACUUAGUUCCAUGAGACUGCAAUCCUAACCCUGCUUACCUGGGAGUAAGCACCAUUGAAUUCAACAGGACUUACUUCUGAGAGCACAUGGUUAGGAUUGUUUUGUAUGUAUGCCAUAUGGAAAGCUAUUUUCAUUUAAAAAAAGAUGUUCCAUUGCUGUGAGCUUGGAUCCAUGUUAUUAUUUGUUUUCAUCAGCACCAGGCAAUUAGUGAGUAAAUUGCAUAGUUCAUGAUUCUGCUGACUUGACUGUGAAGUCAGCUGGUAUGUCAUUGUUAAUGAUUUUCAAUAUUUCCUGUAUGCCACACUCAGAUUGUGGAAUCUCCUUCCCUAAGGCAUGGCUGGGACUGAUACUGUCCAUUUUUCAGUGCCAGCUGAAAAUCUUUCUCUUCUUCCAGGCCAUUUGGAUAUUUCAGGGCAAUUUGCCUGUACAGAAAUAGUGAUGGAGGAUUUUUUUUAAAAAAAUUGAAUUGUGCAUUGCUUUUGAUUUUUUUUAACGUAUUUUAAUAAUUGUAACACUCUCUGGGGUCCUGUGGUGAAAUGUGGGAUAGAAAUUAUAUUAAAUAAUGAAUAAAUUAUGUUGAUAGUUCCCUACAUUGACAAAUUAGAACUUGGUCUGCAACAUAAUAAUCUGCAAAAUGUAAUAUAUAUCUGUAAAAGGGAUGAGUCUAUAAAAGUACAUGUCCUGCAGUUAAUGUGAUUUUAUUAUUUCAGGCGAGUAGCAGAACUUUUCAUGUUUGAUUUUGAGAUCAGUGGUAUUCAUUUGGAUGAAGAAAAGGUAAGUUAUUUCCAUUAUAAGAAAGGCUAUUGGCUGAGCCUUCUAGAAACUAAGCCCUUAUCCCAAGCAUAAUAUGCUGAUUAACCGCCAUAAUCAAGAUUUACAGAAUACAAUGAUCCUUAACCUUAAUGGCAUGGUAUUAAUUUCUACAGCUAAGAUACAAUCGUCUUAGUUUUUAAAACAUCUUAAUUUCAUAAGGAAUAUGUAUGCAUGGGAAUAUUCCCACAGAUUGCUGAACCAGUGCAAUGCAGGAAUCUGAACUAAAGCUUUUAAAGAUGUUAACGGAAACUAUAUUUUAAAGAAAUAUUUAUUGCUCUGUUUAUUUCUCAUUUGCAGCGAAGGAGAGCGGUAAAUCUCAAUGUCAAAAUAUUGGAUUUGUGUAAUGAAUUUCUCAUAGGAUCUCAUCUUCCAAACAAGGUUGACAAGCACAUUUUACCAGAACACAUUCGGCAUCAUUUUGCAGUUGAAGGCAAUUAUGCCCAAAUCAGUGGUCUCAGUGCUGAUAGUCCUGAUGAUCUGGUAUGUAUACAUGAAGUACAUGACAGCACCAUAUAGAGUACGAUCACAUCUUACAAGCAUUUAACUCAUGUUAGUUCAACCCUAUGUGGUUGAAGGCCAUUUGGUUGAAAUCCACAAGUUAAAUGCAAGCAAGGCCCUCUUGGCACAUCGGUUCUAGGAUGCUCUCAUGAGAUCUCUUGGAGUCAUCCUUGUCCCUAUGAGGUCUUGUGCCAGCAUCCCUAGCCUUCUGGAGCCGAUGUGCUGAGUGGGCCUUGCCAAGCAAGCAAGGCAGGGAGCUGAAAAGUUCUUUUCACACUGGGAAAACCCAACAAUCCAAGUUGGGGACCAUCAGUACAAUUCCAUAGUAUGUGCUAUGUAAAGAAGACUUCUUUUUGUCUGUCUGGGAUCUUCCAACUUUCAGCUAGGUUCUUUAAGUACAUGAGAUGGAAGAAAACCUUCAACUAUAUCCAUUUGUCUGCAUGGAGGUCUUUUAACUGUAUACCCCACACCUAAGCCAUAGGUGUGAUGACUAAAUUUGCAAAUGCUAUCUUUUUUAAUGCUCCAUCUAAUGACCGGGGAAAGGGAUUCAGAAAUUGACCAGUUAGGGAAGAAGUGAAUAUUCCUACUGUCUCUUCCCUUCAUUUGCAACAGGGUGAUACUGUAUACAGUGGUACCUCGGGUUACAGACGCUUCAGGUUACAGACUCCGUUAACCCAGAAAUAGUACCUCGGGUUAAGAACUUUGCUUCAGGAUGAGAACAGAAAUCGUGCUCCGGCGGCGCAGCGGCAGCGGGAGGCCCCAUUAGCUAAAGUGGUGCUUCAGGUUAAGAACAGUUUCAGGUUAAGAAUGGACCUCUGGAACGAAUUAAGUACUUAACCCGAGGUACCACUGUAAUAUAAAUGUCUUUUCAUCAAUUUCUGCAUUUUGCUAUUGUAGUUGUCCAUAUAUUGCUUUUCUUUUGAAUUAACCUUAGGUACGUGAAGUUGCCUACAAGGUUUUCCUGUACCCAAAUGCUCAGCAAUUACACUGUUUAGAGGAACUUCUUACCAGCAGAAACCUUCUGGCCCAGUUAGUAGGAUAUGAUACAUUUGCUCAUCGGGCUCUUCAGGGGACAAUGGCCAAAACUCCAGGUAAUGCUAAUUGUGAAUUAUGCCAGGAUAAAUGCAGGCUGUGCAGAUUGUUACAAGAGAUUAGUAGUACAUGGGAGGAGAGAAAAGUGGGAGGGGAGCAUUUUCCUUCGUGUUCAAUUUCCCCUUCCCCUGGCAACAGUUUCUCUCUUAUUGAUUCGAAUGGGAGGGAAAUAACACUAGCUCUGUUUCAGGAAAGUGGGAUGCCUUUGGAUCCUGUGGAUCUACAGCCUUUCCUGGCAUGCCCCUGACAGCACCCUGCAAGGCCCAUAUUUGCCCUCUCCCAACACCUGAGGGGCACUAUGUGGACCUUUUCACAGCCUCAUGGGGGAGGCAUACGAGGUUGGAUCUCCCUCUCUAAAGGUGGACCUUUGUUUCUCUCCAUCCUCUGAAAGGGGGCGUCAGAGAAUCCUAUGGUCCGGGCACACACUCCCAAGGAACAUGAAAUUGCAGUCAAACACUAAUUUAUGCAGUGUCAGAAGGUUUUAAAUAUAUUACAUCCUCAUACGAAAUACACUGCAUAGAAUGAUGUCUCAGUGAAAUUGUUGUGUUAAAGAAAUGUUGCUGCUUGUUAUUUUAGAAUCAUAGAAUCAUAGAGUUGGAAGAGACCACAAGGGCCAUCGAGUCCAACCCCCUGCCAUGUUGACUGUCCAUGAGUAUUUAUUAUUUGCUGCUUAUGGAGAACUUCCUUAUUCAAUAUAUUCACAUUGUUUCAAAGUUCCAGUGAACUUUGCAUGGGGAACGUGUGGCCCUUCAGAUUUUGUGAGACUACAAUUCUUGCCAUCUCUGACCUCUGAAGAUUACUUUAGAUGAAAGUUUACAGCUGUAUAUAAAUUAUUUCUUAAGUGUUCUUUCUGCCUACUGUACCAAUAUUUCUUCCAUUCUGUUUUUUAGAGAAAGUAAUGCAAUUUCUUGAGAAGCUUUCAGAUAAGUUAUUCAGUCGGUGAGUUUAUUUUUUAACAAGAUUUAAAAGGAGAACAAAUUUGUCUUGCUGCAAGGUAAAAAUCUUGUAAUAUUACUAGCAGAAUCAAUAAAAAAUACACUUAGAUUUCAUAAUUAAUCCCCCCCAUCUUAUUUCUGCAAGAUUAUUGUAAAGGAUUAUAUCUAAUCAACUACAGAUUAAGGUCAUACUGUAAUUGUAAAAAUAUUCUGAACGGUGGAUGUCUCACUGCCAGCCAAAAGGCCCUUUCAUGGUAAGCAUACCAAUGUUCUGUUUUCCAGUGAUGUAAAGAGGGAAACCAGCCAAAUAUUUUCUGUAUAUUGGAAAGUAUUAUCCCUUACUGAAAAACCUAUUCUAAAAAAGCAGAGAAGAAUCACAACUCUUUAUGGCACAUUUUGUUCGUUUGCUUGUGUGAAAGAUACAUUUAUUUGCAAAAUGGACAAAUGAUUGUCUAGUAAUUGUAUUAUACUACAAAGUCUUUUGAAAAGCACUUUAACAAAAUAUUAUGGUGAAAUUGUUUUUCAGUACUCUAAAGGAUUUUGAAAUGAUGAAAGGCAUGAAAAUGAAACUAAAUCCUAUAAAAUCAGUAAGUUAUAUUUUGCAUUUACUUGUUCUCAACUUGAAUGAGUUGAAUGCUAGUUUGAGAAAAUACUUUCUAUAAUUUCAGAGUUAUGUUGACGUAAUCUAAGCUUUCUCUUUCUCUUGGCUUUGUAUUAUAACGGUGUUGGGUUUCAAGGCUCUUUUCUCUAAGGGAAACUAACCACUUAAAAGAAGAUAUUGGUUUAAACACAGUGAUUUAUGUGGUAGCCAAAACUUAAGAUGGAAAAUGUAAUGUCUUCUCUUGAGUAUGUCAAACAUUUUGUUCAAUUAGUUUUUGCAAGCUUGAAAAGGCAGAGGCCAGAUUUGAAAAACUGCAUGUGUCUAGCCUGUGUGUUGGCAGGCUCCAGUAUUUUUGUUCAGAAACCACGGUCUUUCCAAUAACUGGGUUGCUGCAUGAUUAUUCUAAUAGUUCUGCCUCACAAUGUAUAAUUUGGGACCUCAAAUGCCCCUCAAUGAAAUUUGGUUGGAUAAAUACAAGUGGACAUCUUGAAGCCUUUUAAGUCUUAGAUCACAUUAUUUGAUUAUAUUUAAAUCUUCUAGCUGCCUGUCCUGAAUGCUCAAGGCAAGUUCACUGUUCCACUUUUCACUUGCUGCUUUGUACUUCGAUGCGGUCAUAUCAUCUGUAAAUGAUGUAGAUAUGUUAAAUCUGUGCUUUCCUUUGUAAAAUACACAGAAGUGGUAGGUAAAUUCUUUCCUGAUCAUCAUUUCUUUGUAUUUCUCCCCGCUCCAGAAAACUGGAGAUACUUAAUUGAACAUGCCCCUUUUAGAGCGGAUGCAUGUGGAAGGAGAUGUUUGGCUUAAGUUACUGUACAAAAGAGAUGAUGGUUUAAAAAAAGCAUCUUGAAUUUUGCCUUUGAUGUCAUUGAUAGCCCUUGCCAUCACUGAAACACAGGUAUCAUGUGCUCCCAGUUAUCGGUUUGGUGUUUGGUCACAUAUUUUUCAUUUGUUACAGGGGUGGCUAUAAGACGUAGGGCCUUUUCAGCAGUAGCACCCAGUUAAGGAACUUUGUAUUUAGAGAGGCUCACCUGCUAACAUCCUUCUUCAUCUUUUGAUAGCAGGUGGAAACCAUAAUUUUUCAAAGGGCGUUUGGCUUGCUAAAAUAUUAGGAUGUUAGCAGCGUGCUUAGCUGGAUUAUUUGCUUAAUUCUUGCUUUGGACUUUAUUUUUGUUUGUUUUCUUGUUGUGUUAUUGUUGAUACACUUUUAUGUAAAACCUUAACACUGGCAAUGAAGUGAUAUAUAUGUUCGAGAAACAACAUGGCCAGAACUUGUCAACUAUGCACCGUGCAUAAGCCGAAUAGUCAGGUUGUGUACAGGGCAGGUAAGAUCGCACCUAAAGCUCUGUGAAAACAGUCAUUACAGAUAUGCUGCUGUGGAAAGAAAGCUGUUGGAUCCGACUUGUUUCAUUUGAUUUGUGUUAUGUGUUUGAAAACGUGAAUGCUUUAAUUUUCAGGAAUUGAUGCCUUGGGAUCAUCCAUACCACAGUGGUGUCCUGCGUGCUGAGAGGUCAGUGUUAUGGCCUUCUGCUGCAACUGGUGUAUCUAGCACUUUAUUUGCAUUCUAAUACUUAGAUUUUAGUUGUUAAACGUUCUGCUAUAGUUAUCAUAUAUACUCCUGUAGCAAAUCAAUGCUUCUUUACCUUUUUGUAUUGUUUUGAAGUGUGUGUUUUUGUUUGCACUUGCAUUGGAGCCAGCCACAACUUUUCAAUGUAUAUAUUUUCUGUAUAAGAGCUGAGAUAACUACCAGGUUGUAGUUUUCUUUUCUGUGCAGGAGGGUAUGGCUAAGAAUCUAUUUGUAUUGGUCACCUUUCUCCAAAACCAUGUGUGUGUUCUGGGGGGGAAAGCAUUUAAACCCCUCUGCUAUCUGUUGGAUUUUUUAAUUGAUAUCCUCCCAAAGGGAAUUUGGGAAUCCUCCCAAAGUAAAAUGUGCCAGUGUCUUCCCAGAUAAUAUUCAUUAUAAAUACUGAACAUACAUUUUUUAAAAAUCACACUGAAGCCAGCAAAACACAUAUGUACCAUGUACAUGUCAAUAAUUAUUCCUAGUUAAUUCAUUUCGUCAGUUGAUCUUUAAAGAGAGGCAUUGUGAUACCUUAAGCUAUUGCAAUAAAAUAAUAUUGUGGUUAGUUUAUCAUCUUACAGCAUAACAGACACAUUACAGUCCGUGAACAUACAGUGGUACCUCGGGUUACAUACGCUUCAGGUUACAUAUGCUUCAGGUUACAGACUCCGCUAACCCAGAAUAAUACCUCACGUUAAGAACUUGCCCUGGGCAAGUCUACCAGCCCACCUCCCACCAUCGUCAGCUCCCCUAAAACUAAGGUGGAAGGCAUCUUGAUUCCUUGGAGUCAGUUUUCAGGGGUGCAGGGGGCACAGAUGAAUUGGGGGGGGGGACAGGUGUAUCCCGCAGCCUGAGGCCCUUCCACAUGUACAUCAGGAUUUUGCGUCCAGGCCUAUUAAUAGUAACUUUUCUGUUUGUAAACACCAGGGGGAGCUCCUGCAUCAAUUUGCCACCUUUUUUGCAUAGCUUUGUCAAGUUUUCUUUUGGAAAGAUGAGCUGCCUCUUAGCUUUGCCGUCAGAGAACAGCAAUAGUUUUCAUUUUACGAUUAGAUAUAUGUCAUUUAAAAUGAUGUUUUGUCUGUGAUGUGGCAUUUGUGUUGACUAUAUGUUUUUGUAGUCAUAUCAUUUAUACGGACAUGACGAAUACGUCAGUGCAUGUUUGGAACACUGGAUAUCAAAUUCUGAAAUAUGUCAAGGGCCGUCAUUUGUACAAAAAACCCCCACAAACCCCCAUAACUGAAAUCAUGAUAAAAACAUCACAUCCAGCCUUGCCCACUAAAACAAUACUAAUACAUUACGAAAUGGGAAUGUAUUGCUACAUAUAUUUGUAAUUUGACUCAGUGCUUUUAACCCAAAAUUGCCAACCAGAUUUUUCCUUUGUCGUCUUCCAGCUUUCAUUGCUCUGGAUCAUACUGGCAGUCAACCAUAUGGAAUUUGGUUCAUUUCUUUUUAUUAGACAGGACUGCAACUAGGAAGCUGGCAAGAUCAAAUAUAAUCCAGUGAAUCUGAGUUGUCAGUAGGAAGACUCAAUUUAGCCUCUUCUCUCCAAUCCCUUUUGUUUCCCAAUCACUUGAGGGCUUACAAAACACAUUUUAUUUAUGCAUACAUUUUUUAAUGUAAUGCGUUCAAGAUAUAUAAGCAUGGAGAACAUUAUUCUGCAUAUCAUAUAUAAAAAGGGACUGGUAAUUAUACACUCAAUUCAGUGUUCAAAAACCUGAUAAUGCCUAUCACUUACCUAGUAUCUUCCCAGUAUCAUAUUUCCUUAUCCAAAUUAAUUCAAGGUUAGUACAUAUUAAAAUCCUAAUCAAGUACACUACAGUGGUAUUCUUGAGGGGGAGUAUGUUUUGUUUAGCUCAAGGGUGAGGAUUGAUUGAUUGAUUGAUUGAUUGAUUGAUUUUUGGCCCAAGGACUACAUUUCAUCUUGGUCAAACCUCAUGGGGGGGUGCAUGCCAGUCGUGGGCAGAACUACCACCACAUACACACAUAUCCACAUGCACACAUCCGCACACACACACACACAAUCUGAAAGUUUUAAAUCCAUGUUUGUCUCUUUCUUCAAAUAACUGUUCAGGACUGCAAUCUGAAGUACGCAUCACCUAGGAGAGCCAGCAUGUGAGGCAGAUAAUAGUGUUGGUCUUGGAUUGGGAAGACUUGAUUCAAAACACCCCUUGGCCAUAGAACUCCUUGGGUGGUCUUAAGCCAAUCGCUGUUUCUUACUCUGCGUUGUGCCACAGGGUUGUUGGGAACAUAAAAUGGGUAAUCCCAUGUACACUGCCCUGAGCAACUUGGAGAAAGCAUAGACAUGCAGAAUAUGAGAAAUAAAUGAUUACACCUAUUUAGGACUAAGCUGUAAGUCUGUAAGUGUUGUUGUCUGGCAUGCAGUUAAUGCUAGAAAUGAUUUAAAUGAGUCAUUUCUUUGGCUAAUGUAUUCCAGUGUUUUGGUUGUUAAAACCAAAUGCUCAACAAUCAAACAAACAAAAAACCAAGACUUUGUUUUAUAUGGGGUAAUUAUGGUUAUGGAAUGCUGCAAGAAAUUAUUUCCCCGUGUGAUAGCUACAGUUCUGAAUGUUCGGUGAUUAAUGAUAUUGAGUAAAUAUAAUCCUUCCUUUAAUUACUAGGUCUAUCAAAAAGAUUUUGAAUAAAGUUGAUGACAGCCAUAAUACACAAGUCUUAACUUCUUUCCAAAUGUACAACUUAAAUUAAUGCCGUUUUAUACUCCUUCAUUUUAUUUGGACUGAAUGAAGCCAUCUAGGCUUAGAAAUAAUUGUUUACAAUGGCACACUACAUCUAUUGCUCUUUAGCAGUACUUUCUUUUCAAUUUGAAUCGUGCUGUUCAUGAAGAAUAAUGAACACCUUAUUGUACCAUUUAACUUCAUGUUUAAAGCAGCUGGCUUGGUGUCUUGCCUUUCAAAAUACUAGUAAAUCAAAUGCUGUAUGAUUAAGGCCAUUGGAUUUCUUCCCAUAACUCAUCCUUUUAAUCUAAAACAGGAUUUCACAUCAAAUAAAGAACCCAGUGCCCUCUAUCAUUUUAUCAACUUUGUUAGUACAUUUGUUUUGCUUUCUCAAUCCUACAUUUACCUUCUUGUGAAAUGUGUUAUGGGGGGGGGGAACCUCUUAUUACAAUGGUAAUCCUGAUGUAACAUAUCAAGCUUUGCCUCUAGAAACCAAGGAGUUGGAAGGAACUUGGUGUAUGAAAUAUGUUUAUAUUUAUGAGCAAGAAAAACUGUCAGCAAACUUUGUAUACUUUAGCUGUAUCCUGUGUACAAUUCAGGUUGCAUCACAAUCAGUUGUUGCUUAAUUUAAAAAAACACACGCUUGAGAUAAUUCAUUGAAUGGUGGGGCAGGGUGGGGCAGUCUCCUUACUUUCAUUUGUUUGUUUGCUGCACUUCAUAACACUUGAUUACUGUGCCUUUUUUGAGUACUAGCAGCAUAGAAAUUUGGGGGGGGGGCUACUGUGACAGAUAUUCAUUGGCUCAAUUUGUGGGUUAUGGUGAGCCAUAGUUAAUGGUUUACUUUGAACUCACCUGUCUGGACUGUUUUGCUCCUCUCUGCUAGCAUAAGAGUGCAAGAAGAGCCCUGUUGGAUCUGACCAAAGGCCCAUCUAGUAGAGCGUUCUGUUCUCAUGAUGGCCAGCCAGAUGCCUCUGGGAAGCCCACAAGUAAAAUCUGAGUGCAACAGCACUCUCUCCACUUGCGAACCUUCGCAAGUGGUACACAGAAGCAUACAGUGGUACCUCAGGUUAAGUACUUAAUUCGUUCUGGAGGUCCGUUCUUAACCUGAAGCACCACUUUAGCUAAUGGGGCCUCCCGCUGCUGCUGCGCCGCCGCUGCACGAUUUCUGCUCUCAUCCUGAAGCAAAGUUCUUAACCCGAAGUAAUAUUUCUGGGUUAGUGGAGUCUGUAACCUGAAGUGUAUGUAACCCAAGGUACCACUGUACUACCUUCAAAAGUGGAAGUGGAACAUAGCCACAGUGCAUUUCCGUAGAGGGGACUUGCUCAAAAUCCUUGAACAUUUGGCUGCAUUUUUCUGAAAGUUCCCCAGGUCUACCAUACCCUUUUUAUUUUAGGCAACCGGAACUGUACACAGUAUUCCAUUGUGUGGUCACGUUAUAGAUGUGUAUAACCACACUAUGAUAUUGGCUGGCUUUUUUAAAAAGUCAUUUUCCUAAUGUAAAAUACUGUAGCUAGGAUCAAAUAUUGUAGCUGAACCCCAGAACACAGGAACCUUUUGCCUUUAUCCAGCAAAAAUAAAAUUGUGGUGCUUGCUACAUGUGCAACCCACCUGAUCUAUUUAUUGAAAAUAUUUGUAGGCCACCUUCUAGGGUGAAGAACAAACAUUGACUACAGCUUGGGGUUAGUAAGGAGAGAGCUUAGCCAUGUCUCCUGGUUUGGAUAACCUGCUAAGCCAAACUUUGGCAUAGCUUAGGGCCACUCAGCAGCAAAAACGACCGGGACGAGCAAAGCAGCUGCAAGCUCAUUUCUGGAAUUUACAUGUUUGUGUUGACAUGCUAAGUCAAGGUUUGCCUUAGCAUGCCACGUGAAUGAGACCAUGUUUCUGCCUAAGUGUUGAACCAAGUAGAUGCACUAUUUCUAGCAAGUGUAAUGUUUUAAUUCAUUUAAUUGGGCUUUGCGUGAUAUAAACUGUUUAAAUUGGGACAACGUUGUAGCUAUUCAUAAUUCAUUUCCUUCCUUCCAUUUUGUAUGUUUUAGGUAUAAUAUUGAACCCAGCCUGUAUUGCCCCUUUUUCUCUCUUGGAGCAUGUAUGGAAGGCCUGAACAUCUUGUUCAAUAAACUCUUAGGGAUCUCUCUUUAUGCUGAACAGACCGUGAAGGGAGAGGUGUGGUGUGAGGAUGUUCGCAAACUGGUAAGAAUUCAAAGUCCUGAAUUUCAGACCCCUUGUGUAAAUCUAGUUCACUGUUGAGCAAAGCACAAGGUGCUUAGAAAGGAAGUUUUCUGAAUUACACCGAAAAACACCUCGUAGGGCAAUUCAUAGCUAUUUGUUUUUAAUUCCUGCAUUGUCUUUGUUAAUGUUGACAAUCAUUUCGUAUAGCACCUUUAAAUGCAAAAAGGCUUUAUUUUGUUUGUACCCAAGUCGGCGCUUAAGAAUAUCUCUCUUGUUUCAGUUUUAAAGAAAGGGGAAAUAUUUCAGGCUUUUAGGCCAAUGGGAGGGAACAGACAGCAAAAUGAAGAGGUGGAUUCUGGUGGCACUAUCUAGAACCUACCUAGAUCAAGGAAGGGCAGCAUUUCUGGGAAUUUUGGGUCAGAUAGUGGUAAGCAAUUGGACAUUUGGUAAUAUCUGAUUUCCUGGGCCCAGGAGGAUUCUGGGCUGUUGGGUGUGAGUUUUCAAGCUUGAACUGCCUGCAGUUCCCUUCUCCUUGGUGCCCAGUGAUGACUCAGAUAAAUAUUUGCCCAAGGCCACUGAGGGGCUCAGUUCUGGAGCAACAUCUCCCUCCUUGCAUUUUACAAAUAUGUUUAAGGAAGCAGCUUGAAAAUGGCUACAGGCAAAAAUUUCGUAAAGUUGAAAGAGCCAAGACCUAAGAAUGAGCUGCACAAACUUCAAAAGGAAAUGUGUUUGAUGGCACAAUGAGACUAACUUUUAAUAAGCUUUUUAUUGCAAAAUGGCAUGAGCUUUCAUGGGCAACUACCAACUUCAGAUUCUGAGUUGGAACAAACUUUAAAGAAGAUCAUGGGAAAACAAAUUUGCAAAACAAAUUAAAUAUUUACAACUUAAAUUUAUUUCUUAAUGCUUGAACUUGUAUCCUGCUUUUCUUUUCUCUACGGUAUUUCCAAAAUCUAAAACAUGCAUGUAGGAAAAUGUGACAUUAAAAUCACUAUGACUAAGAAAAGAUUUAAAAGCAGUUUUAUUAGGUCCAGGGCACGCUGGCUUUCUCACAUCUUUUUAUUUCCUUUUCUUAAUGCUUGCUAGUGGGUCAUCUUUCUCACUUAUACUUCAAAGUCCAAGUAACAGCAGGAGCUGUCAUUCAUCAAACAUCUGUAAAGUGGAUAAACUAUUCCUGUCUCAUCUUUCAUAACUGCUUCCUAUUAGAUCUUUGCUCAUAUUGCUUAAUUGUGAUAUAUGUAGUGUGAAACAGAUUUAAAACUCAAAUAUUGCUUUAAAAGGUAUUGGUUAUUUUUGUAUUGCUUCAUGAGUCAUCCAUUUGGAUAAGCGGUAGAACUUGUACAGUGGUGCCCCGCAAGACGAAUGCCUCGCAAGACGGAAAACCCGCUAGACGAAAGGGUUUUCCGUUUUUGAGUUGCUUCGCAGGACGAAUUUCCCUAUGGGCUUGCUUCGCAAGACGAAAAUGUCUUGCGAGUCUUGAGAUUUUUUUUUCGCUUUCCCCCCCCUUUAUCUAAUCCGCUAAGCCUUUAAUAGCCUUUAAUAGCCUUUUAGCAGCUAAUCCCCUAAGCCUUUAAGCCUUUAAUAGCCGCUAAACCGCUAAUAGCGCUAAUCCGUUAAGCCACUAAUAGGGUUGCUUCGCAAGACGAAAAAACCGCUAGACGAAGACUCUCGCGGAACGGAUUAAUUUCGUCUUGCGAGGCACCACUGUAUAUUAAAACCUUUAGUAAUCUUGUGAAUGGGACUUGAAUCACCUAGUAGUAGUUUGAAUUCUACAACAAAGAGGGGGGAAAAAGUAAAAUCAUAUAAAAUGGUCAGAUUUGGAAUGUUCCCCCCAUAAAGCCUACAGAAGCACAUCAUCGGUUGUUGGGUGUUUCACUUAGUACUUUCCUGUUUUAUUUUAGGCAGUUGUCCAUGAACAAGAAGGAUUAUUGGGAUACAUCUAUUGUGAUUUUUUUCAAAGACCAGACAAGCCUUAUCAGGUAACAAUUCCCUAACAUUACAAACGAUAUGAGCCUUUUUUCUUCUUCUCAAAAUAUGAUCCUGCAGCCCCAUGUACCCCUCCAAAUACAUCUCUGGUCAGCAGAUCUUUGUAAGGAACCAGGGGGCUGCUAGUGGAGGGGGGAUCAUGGAAAAUCUUCAAAGGGUUGAGUUGGUAUUUCAGCUUCAAAAGCAGAAUUAUUCCCCAAAAGCAUGCACCCAAUUUGAUCCCGGUAUCUCCGUGUUCAACUGAAUUGCCACAUUUAAAAUAAACUGAUAAACAAACUUAUAAGCAGAAUGCCAAACAAUCAAGUUAAACCAAAGGGCUUCACUUUGCUUAGCCACUCCAUCUGUUCCGGUACGGUACAACAGCUUGAUUUCAGACAGUUCUAUAAUUGUAAGCAGAUUCUGUGACUGCUUGAAACCGUGCUGAUGUCUUAAAUUAUAUUAGUAUGGUGAAGUAUUGACGAAAAAGAGUGGUUUUUUCUGAUCUAAAUAUAUAUUUAUAGGAUUGCCACUUUACGAUACGUGGAGGCAGGCUAAAAGAAAAUGGAGAAUACCAGCUUCCUGUUGUUGUCCUUAUGCUAAGUUUGCCCCAUUCCACUAGUAGUUCACCAACAUUGCUUACUCCUGGGAUGAUGGAGAAUCUCUUCCAUGAAAUGGGACAUGCCAUGCAUUCUAUGCUGGGAAGGACUCGAUACCAACAUGUCACUGGUAAGCUUACUGGUUAAAGUUCAAACAAGUACUUCACUUUUUACAUGCAACCCUUUCAUAGUUUGCACAUGGUGUAUCUUUUUGUGCUGCAAGUAGAGGUUUUAGUCUUAUCUUUAAGGCAGCUGAGAGCAAUUUUCUUACUGGCCUUUAAAAACUACUCCAAAUUAUCUUCUGUAUAUUACAUAUAACCCUUUUCCCAACUGCCCAUCAUACUUUGUGUGAAUAAGGAGCAGAAACAAGGAUGGUACUAUGCAGGAACAGACUUAAUUCUUGAUAGGUGUAUUAGUGAGCAGAGGCAGGGAGCAGAUUUAGUCUCCAUUCCAGUAGCAUCCAUGUCAAGGGUGAUUUUGCUAGCAUUAAAAUACUUAUUUAUUUAAUUUAAUAGAUCUUUAAAUCUUUCAGAUCAGUAGUAGGUGGUGAGCUAGGAAUUUUGGUAUGUUGCAGAAGCUCCAUCCCCCAACUCUGUGGUGCUUAACCUUCCUUCAGACCCUUUGUGAUUUCUCAGUUUCACUGUUACUCCCCGUCUUCCUCCUAUCCUCUUUUAAAUGAUGUAGUUAAACUAGUUAUCAUCCAGUGCAAGGGGUGGGGGAACAUAAGAAGAGCCUGCUGGAUCAUGUCAAUGGCCCAGCAUUCUGUUCUCACAGUGGCCAACCAGGUGUUUGUCGGAAGCCUGCAAACAGCAUAAGUGCAGAAUAGAACUCUGCCCACCUGCGACUCCCAGCAGCUGGUAUUCAGAGGCAUACUACCUCUGACAGUGGAAGUAGAACAUAGUCAUCAUGGCUAGUCGCCACUAAAAGCCUUAUUGUCCAUUAAUUUGUCCAUUCAUUUUUGAAAGCCAUCCAAGUUGGUGGCCACCACCACCUCCUGUGGGAGCAAAUUCUAUAGCUCAACUACAAGCUUCAUGAAGAAGCGCUGGGAGUGAGAAAUGUACAUUGCAUCCCCCCCCCCCCCCAACCUGGCACUAUUCAGUACAGUGGUGCCCCGCAAGACGAAUGCCUCGCAAGACGAAAAACCCGCUAGACGAAAGGGUUUUCCGUUUUUCGAUGCGCUUCGCAGGACGAAUUUCCCUAUGGGCUUGCUUUGCAAGACGAAAAUGUCUUGCGAGUCUUGAGAUUUUUUUUGCUUCCCCCCCCUUUUUCUAAGCCGCUAAUAGCCUUUUAGCCGCUAAGCCUUUAAUAGCCGCUAAACCGCUAAUAGGGUUGCUUCGCAAGACGAAAAAACCGCUAGACGAAGAGACUCGCGGAACUGAUUAAUUUCGUCUUGCGAGGCACCACUGUAGAUGUUCAUGACACUCAUGUUCCGCACAGCCUCCCAGACCACAAUGGAUCUGCUAGCUAAGGCUAAAGAAACAAAACUUCAUCACAACAUGUUGUGGUUUGAGCGCUGCAAAAAUGCAAGACCCCCCCAUCUAGUAACACUUGAGGAAAGAAGUCCAGGUUGCGUACAAAGUGGUGGGGAACCUCCAGCCUGCAGGCCUAAUUAGGCUUGCCAGGUUUUGGAGGCUGGCUUGCCAAGUGGCUUUGGGCAAAUCACACCCACCUUCCUUGUAGGCGCCAGUUGCAGGAAAAACCUUCUUUUGAACCUUGGCUUGAAUUCAUGCCAAGGAUGCAAAGGUUCUUCUGUUCAGCUGUGGUCUGAACAUGCUGCAACUUCAGAGGAAGGUCCUUUUCAUCCCCAGAUUGAAUUUUCCAUUGCAUCUUGAGUUUUGAAUCACCUUAUGUUAUAUGAUGUCACCUUACGUUACAUGACUGGAUCAACCAGCUGGAUCUAGUUCCCUACCCCCUGCCAUACAAGGAAUAGAAAUAUACAAAUAUUUGUAGCUCCAGAAAGUGACAAUCUAUAAAAGCUUGAAGCCCACUGAUCACAAAGGAGAAGAGACUAGAUGUGAGGACUUAAUUUUUUAAUUGUAAAUUGUUAUUUCACCGUCAGGUGUCUUGAGUUAACACCCCCCCCCCCAAAAAAGCUGCUCUUCAGUGACUGAUACCUUGAACAAUAAAGGAAAGCAAAUAUGGACAAUAAUUGUGCUAGCUCAUCAGACAGAUGGGAUGAUAAUAUUUGUAAAUGGGAUUAGAUUUUUAAGCACAGUUUGAUAUUUUUAUUAUAAUUAGGUAUAAAGUAACGACAAUUACGGAUUUAGUGUUUAAAGUGGGGCCAGAUUGGCUGUAGCCUGGUUUAAGUUUAUAAAGGGUGUGAGCCAUAGCUUUAUAGGGUGCCUCACCCAGCUGUUCAAAUAUUGUAUUUACUUUGUGAUUUGCAGUAAAACAUGUAGGAUUAUAAUUUAGCUUUUCUGCCAGUAUGUACAAUAACAUUACAGAAAUGAAAUAUUUACUUAAUGAAUGAUUUACCACAGUUCAUCAAAAGUGCAGAUGGAAAGCUAAGAGGAACUUUGGAGAAGACAGAAGAAUUUAUGUAAACUUUAUGGCUACCUGCAUGUUAAUGCUUCUGCUUCUUUUCUAUAGGGACAAGAUGUUCUACAGACUUUGCUGAAGUUCCCUCUAUCUUGAUGGAGUAUUUUGCAAAUGAUUAUCGAGUGGUGAACCAAUUUGCAAGGCACUAUAAAACGGGUCAGGUAGGAUAACUAAAAAGCAGGCUGAUUGUAAAUAACAUAAGAAUUUUGGGUUGUUGGUUUUUUUUGGGGGGUGGGCGGGCGGGAAACAUAAUAGAUUCAGAUGUAUGAAACUAGGUGGAGAAAUAUUUUGUCAUGAGACUCAUAUUUCAUGCCCCCCUUUUUGUCUUUUCCCAUAAGUAACUGAAUGAUAGAAACAAAAUGGUUGAGACUGCCAUUUUCCUUUUCCUUUUUAAAAACUUAAUUUUUGAGCCUUUGGAAAUAAUAAGUCCUAAGUGCUGUGGGGCAUCCUCAGGCUUUUGGGCAGCCUUCCCCAACCUGGUGCCCUUCAGGCGUUUUGAACAGCAAUUUCCAUUGGUACUGGAUAGGGCUAAUGGGAGCUGUGGUCUGGAACAUCUGGAGGGCGGCAGGUUGGAGAAAGCCUACUCCAGUGCCUCUUCCUCCUUAAGUGGUCCAUUGCCUCCCUGACCUGGAAGGAUUAUAAAGGUUUCCAGAAAUCUGCCUGAACACAUUUCAACUAUGGCUGCUGUUUCCAAGGCCUAAUUCCUGGCUUUGCCUCCCCUCCCCUCUGUGAGGCCCAGUGCAGAAAGGGAUGCUGAGGAAAAGGGAGUGUCAGGGCUGGAGUCAGACGCAGGUUAGCACAAAAGACGCAGGGCUCUAUUGUCAGUGAAGUUAACUCUUUAUUCAAAGAAAUGGCAUACAACCCCAGGGACACUUCUUAGUAGGUCUUGCUCUAUGGAGCAGUUGCCAGGACUGAAGGUCCCUGCCUUCCACACUUUCUAAGACUCCUCCUCUCUCAGAUGUUUCCCAAGCAGUCUCAAACUGCGCCUGCACGCCUCUGUUCUGCUCUCCUCAUUAUUCUGCAUGUUCUUGGAGACCAGCAGGGAGGGGAGCCUGGUGCGGCAGGAGAGGGAGACUCUCUGGAUUCUUCAGCAGCCUGUUGACUCCCCUUCUCUGCUUCGGCCUCGGAGUCUGAACUGCUCCCUGUCACAGGCUCUUCCUGCUCACUAAACCCUGUUGCCCCUUCAGCAUCCAGCCCCUGCUCCCCAUCUUCUCCCUCUGACCUUUUCUCAGCAUCCCACCACCAAUCUCCUGGUUCUGAGCCUUUCUCCUCUGGGAUUUCUCUUGAGGGUCCCCCAGCAGGUGCCUCUCACCACAUCUUUUCAUUUAGCCAGUCCCUGACUGAGUUAGAUAAAAUUGCUAUAAAUUGUUGUGGUGAUUCAGAGGUUUAAUUUGAUAUCAAGCUGGAUUUGAGUUUGUUGUUGUCUCUGGUAACUCCUCUGUUACAUCAUGGAUGUUGGCUCAUAUUAUGACUGUAUGAUCCAUAUUGUUUUAUUGGUACUCUUGCAGCAGGUUUGUCAUGGCCUUUGGCUAGAACAAUAAAAUUGUAUUGAAGUCCUAAGUGUGCUACACGAUUCUUCAAAGAACUAAGAGCUUACAAAUCUGUCAAACAGCAGUGGGAAUUCAGGAUAGUCAGUGUUUAACAAGGAGCUGCCAUCACUUAGAAGAAUCAGUAACACGCAAUUCCUUGGUGAUAGAAAGUUGCGGUUGGGAUGGUUGCUCCCAGUGCAUUUCAAUGAAUUUAUUUGUUUAAUAUUAUUUUGCAGAGUUGAAAAUAUCACGGGCACCUCAGCAUUGAAUACUGACUUUUAAAAGAUGCUUUUGUUUCUUUUUAGUCAGCCCUGUUGUCUAGCCUUGUGGAACUGAUUUAUAGAAUGAUGUGGGCUUAAGGGAGAAAUACAUUUAAGAAAGAUACUUUCAAUGCAAUCCUAAGAACGCUUUCUUGGAAGUAAUUCCCACUAAUCCAGUGGGAUUUACUUUCUGGUAAGUGUGCCUCAGAUUGCAGCCUUAAGGGUAUAAUAUACUACUUCUAUUUUCCAGAUACUUUACAAACCUUGUCUCUUUUUAGCUCACAAAUUUGGAGCUAGGCACUGUGUGCCCCAUUCCUUAAAUAUUCCUGGCCUGUUUUGUGAUGGAAGCCGUUUGGCAUAGAAUCAUUGUGUACCAGGAAGUAAUUGAGUCAGCUUUCAUCCUUGCAGACAGGAUAAAAUGUAAUGUGGGAUUAGGACUUGAGCCUAAAUGACUGUUUUGCUGUCAUGUUUCUGAAUGUGCAUUUCUUUCACCUUUCUGAAUAGCUUAAAAAUUAUUUUUGACUCAGCUGUCUAUUUUUCUUUUUUAAAGGGUGAUUGGUUUUAAAGGGUUUGAUAACAAAUGCUUUAUUUCCUGUAAUUUUGAAUACAAAUAUGAGCAAUCAGAGUUUGAGAGCAGACCUGUUGUUUGCUAUGUUAAUAACUGGUUUUGACCUUUUUUGUCUGGAGGAACCUUCUUUUCGUGUGCUUAGAAGUGGGACCAGAUUCUACUCAGUUUCCUCACCAUAUUUGAUUCUCUCAGAGAACUUGGCACUCUCAAUUAUAUCAGCUUUAGUAAAACGUAAGCAAAAAGCUUUCACCAAGCAUUUUUUGUUAUAGAACAAAAAACUGAGGCUAGGUUUUAACCAGAAAAGUCUGGUGCCUUUUGAACAUUCACUGAUUUAGUGGAAUCUAGACAGCAUCUUAAAAAGCAGAGACAUCACCUUGCCAACAAAGGUCCGUAUAGUUAAAGCUAUGGUUUUCCCAGUAGUGAUGUAUGGAAGUGAGAGCUGGACCAUAAAGAAGGCUGAUCACCGAAGAAUUGAUGCUUUUGAAUUAUGGUGUUGGAGGAGACUCCUGAGAGUCCCAUGGACUGCAAGAAGAUCAAACCUCUCCAUUCUUAAGGAAAUCAGCCCUGAGUGCUCACUGGAAGGACAGAUCGUGAAGCUGAGGCUCCAAUACUUUGGCCACCUCAUGAGAAGAGAAGACUCCCUGGAAAAGACCCUGAUGUUGGGAAAGAUGGAGGGCACAAGGAGAAGGGGAUGACAGAGGACGAGAUGGUUGGAUAGUGUUCUCGAAGCUACCAGCAUGAGUUUGACCAAACUGCGGGAGGCAGUGGAAGACUGGAGUGCCUGGCGUGCUCUGGUCCACGGGGUCACGAAGAGCCGGACACGACUAAAUGACUAAACAACAACAACUAAUAUCAUUAAAAUAUGUUUUCUCAGUUACUUUCUUUGUGAGAAAGGAAGAGAAAAUGAAGAGGGAAUGGGAUGGAUAGGCAGGGGUGUGGGUGGGUGGGUGUAAGCCAGAGAGAAAGAGAUUGACUGAUUGAUUAUGUUAGGUGCUGAUGACCUAAAAAUCAUCAUGACCUCACAUCUCCAUCCAGCUCUGUUUGUUUGUUUGUUUGUUUGUUUGUUUCUCUCUCUCUCUCUCUCUCUCUCUCUCUCUCUCACACACACACACACACACACACAAUUCCUAACUGAGUCUCAUGAAAAGACAUAGAAAUAGCCACUCAUCUUCCUCUCCUCUCUUUAUCCCCUCUGCACUCUUUGUAGUCUCUAUCAAAUAGCCUUCUCCUACCCACCAGCGACUGGCAGUGUUUUGAAGUCCCAUGACUUCUGUGGCCAUGUCCCCCCUUCAUUGGCCGUUCCCAUUCCUCCCCUCCCCUUUCAUUUUCCAGCCAAUUCUCAAGAGACUGUGGCUAUAAAGUAAGGUUAGUCUCCACUGGGAUGUUUGGGAAGAGAUAGCGCCUUUAGGUUUUUUGUUGUUUUGAAAAAGAACUUUUGUACUUAUGCUUAUCUCAAGGUUCCCCUGAGCAUGCUGAUAACUCCCUUUGUUCUUCAGUAGCCCUGUUUUGGCUACAGUCAUGUUGGCAUUUGCCAUCUGACCUGUCGGUUAGAAAUAGUGAUAUGUUGUCACAGGUUGACAUUUUUAAAGAAUUAUAAAAGGUUGCUGAGGCAGGAGUACCCUUUGCAGAAACCAUGUGGAUUAAUUCUCAGCAAGGGUUUAAUAAUGCUAGCUUUAAUAAUCCAUUUACCUGAGGCAGAAGAAUGGCUACCCUGGGCUAGCCUUUGUGGUGCACUGGACUGCAGCUCCCAUUGGCCUCAGCCAGCAUGGUCAGUGGUCAGGGAUAAUGGGAGUUGUAGUUCAGCAACACCAGGAGUGCACCACAUUGACUACCUCUGGGCUAGCAGGCCAUAGGUUCCAGAUACUAUCUUUUUUUAAAAAUAAAAUAGUGUCCAGUUGGUUGCCCUCCAAUCAUUUGGCAAGAUGGCUAAUUUUAAUAAGUUGCAUUUUGUAAAAAACAAACAAACAGAAGUUCAGCAAGUUCACAUUUCAAUGAUUUAAGGACAGUUAGGUGAAAGUUAUCUGGCCCCAGGGACAUAUUAAUUUGUAAUUUGCCAGCUAUGAAUUUGACUCUUACCUUUGUAUAUUCUGGUCAUGCCGAAAGCAGAGGUUUCCACACACACACACACACACACACACACACACACACACACCUCCAUCCAUGCAAGGAAAAGUUUGAAGACACAUUCCAGGCAGGCAGGAACAGUCUACAAGAGUGUAGAGCAAGCCUAGUGAGGGCUGAGGCCUAAGAAAGAGGUAUGCCUCAAGUAGAGUCUUGAGGGCUGGUUGAAGAAGCCUACAUUUGAGCCUGGGCCUGGGACUCCCCACCCCUGCUGCAGAGGGGAAAUAUGUGUAGUGCUGCCUUGUUCUGUUACCUGCAGUGGUGCUUUAACUGCGUCAGGAGGGAUGCUUUCACCCCUCUACUAUCCCAGAGAGGUGCAUGGUUAGUGGUUUUUCUCAUUCCCUGACAACAAAGGGCUUCCUGCUCUAUGCUUCACUGAGCUGCAAACCUGGAUUUCCAUUUCAGCGAGGAUUUGUGGGAUUGUGGUUUACCAAAAUACCAAUUAGCAGGGUUCUGCUAUUUUGUUCUGUUUAAAACAGGAUACCACUUGACAGCUCUGAGGCUCAGUUUCUGUUUGAUGUGAUUUGAAACAGCCAAAGUAUAAAACUGCAAAAAAAGUAAAGUUAUACUAGAAGAGCCAAUUUGGCUGUAACUGUGUUAAAAAUUAGAGCCCUAUAAAAUAAAACCAUUCCCUCCUGCCAAGUUUUUAAAUGUUUAUAUUUUGUACCGUAGACUUCUUUUUUUUUAAAAAAACCCAACAACUAUGAGUAUAUUGAAUGUGUAAAUGGGGACUCUUUCUCAGGUGUUUAGUGACCGUGAUGGGUCAUGACUGGGAAGAAGGAAGUUUUGUUCAGGAAUGGGGAACCUGUAUCCUUAUAGAGGUCACAGUAUUACAACUCCCAGCAUCCUUGUCCAGUAGCCAUGAUGCCUGGGACUGAUGCAAGUUGUAGUCCACUAACAUCUGGGUAGGGUCUGUGAUAGGAAUUUUAUGGUCUUAGUUAUAUGGUAAUGUUCAUAACCGCACAUACAUAGAUCAGCACAGGAAGACCAACCUGGAACCAUUUUGAUUCCUAAACUGGCCAAAUGUUUUCUCUGCAAGGUCAAAAUGGAAAAGCCUCCCCAUUGUGUCUUCCUUCACAAAUCCUGUCUUAAGAGUAUGUCUGUGUUUGAAUAAGGGUGUGAGCCUUAUCAUUACAAAAGACUGGCCAGGCUCCUCAGGCAAUCCAAUCAAGUAACCGGCCAGACAGGAAAUAAACAAGGACAAGAGAAAAACAAUAUUGAAAUUUCUGUUUUAAGACCACCUUUUCUGUGAUGUAUCUGAGGGGUGGUCUUAGGUUACACCCCUCCUGUGAUGUAUGUAUGAUGUUUCUGGGGGGUGGUCUUGAUCUACAGGAUGGGAAUUUCAAAAGUCUUUAUAAGCCCUUGCACAGCAUUUUUGUGGGUCCUCCUCCUUUCCUGCAUGUGAGGGGAGCACCCUGUUGCAACAGAUCAAUAAAGAUCAAGCUUACUAGCUGCAUUGCUUCUCAAUAUUCUCUGGUUGGCCUCUGUUAUUUUCUCCUACCAAUAGGGAACCUAUGUAAGGACUCUAUAUGGGCUCUUGGAUACCCCAUAAGGGAAAAGGGCAUAUUUUUAUUUACAACAGGUCACAGGUUCAUCAUCCCUGGUUUAGAACAUAAGAAGAGCCUUGCCGAGUCAGACUAUAGACCCAACAAGCUAACACUUGGUUUCCAGCAGUGGCCAGCAGAUUUAUUCAUUUAAUUAAAUGGUUCCUUUUGUAAGCUUUUCUUAGUGUGGCACACAAAGGGUGGGAUUCAGCAUUGCACUCUUGGGAACAUUCAGUCUCUGCAAGCAUUUCCGUUUGCUGGAUGGAACACUCUGCCCUCGGCUCCCCUCAUGUUCUGGGGGUUCUCCCACCCCCCGUGAGCCAAUUUCAGGGGGAGAGGGGGAAACCUUGUUGUGCAAGUGGAAGUCCUUGCUCAGGACUUCCGCUGAUGGGGCUUCUUAGAUGAAUCCCACCUACAGUUUUUCCCCAGUAGAGGGAAGUAGAAGAAAUUGCCUGGGAGGCAGGCAAUGGCAGCAGUCCCCACACACCCUCAGCUUAGGCCUCCAGAGGUGGCUGCUUCGCUCAGCCUAAAGGUGGGCUUUCUGGACUAUCACUUGCCCCUCUCACUAUCACAUUAAAUUUUCCUGCCUUCCAGAAUAGGCAGAACCACUCAUCCACAGCUUCUGCUCAUCUUGUGUUAUGCAGAUGUGGUCUAGGGGGAAUCCUAGGAUGAGCUGAUGCAGUGUUCUUUGAGCCUCUUAUCUCCCCCCCUCCCCACCUUUAAGCAUUAGAUGCCACCUGGGAUACAGCUUUGGAGCUCAGAGGAGUAAAGGAUUAACUGGCAAAGUAGCAAUUACCAGCUUCAGAGAGUUAAGUUAUAUUUUCAGUUUAACAUUUCUUUCAUUAUUAAGAAGAGGAAAGCCUUGGGUCCACCUGUCUUGCUUUUAUCUGCAAUGGUGCUGAUUAGGCCUGUGUGUGGUCUAACAUUUACGUCUCUGUUAUAUGUUUAUGUUUGUAUUCUUUACAGGGGGUUUUUUGGGUGGGAGGGAGUGGGGAAAGAGAUCUGCUUUUUUCUCAUUUAGAAAUCAUUCUAAUCAAGGGGUCCAUGUCUGGGGGCUAAGUCCCAGAAUAGCAGUUGUACUACAGUGUGGAAUAAUUGUCUGCUGUUUAAAUGGUGCAAUUUAAAUUACAGCUUUGCACACUGGAUAGUCUUAAGUUUUCAAAACUAUACUGCUAUUUUCUGGAUGGGAAAAUUAUAGAUCUUGUGUGGUUAACUACUAUGGGAAGCAUUUCAGUUUAGGAGCAUUUCUUGCCCAUUUUCUCUUCCAUCUAAUUUGCUGAUAAUGUUUUUAUUUGUUCUCAAUAACUUUGAUGCAGCUGCUUUUGUUCUACUUACAUGAGUAGUUUUUCUAGAUGUCAUAAUUAGUACAGAACCUGAACAUGUUGCUAUUUUGUAAUAGCAACAAUUCUUUGAUAGAACAAUUCUUAAACACUUCAACUGUAAAGCUUCAGGCAUGACUGAAGAGCUGUUUGUAAAUGUCAGACAUCUGUAUUCCAUUUUUGAAGCUAAAGAGGCUCUUUAACAAUUUGAAGGCUUUGGUCACACUGACAUUCAGGGCACAAGUAUAAAUUAGUAAGAAGCAUUCCGUGUUAAGUCUUCGCACUUCACUCUAUAUUGUAUAGAAAAACUUAAUCUGUUCCUUCAUGUUGUUAGGGCCAGGUAAACACGUAUCAGGAUGAUCCCAGGAGAUAGGCUAUAUUAUAGAGGAGAGGGGGAAACUGGACAAAAAGAUAUACAGUGUUGUUAGUAGCAUAUACUUCAAACUUCUAAUUUAUUUCAUUCUCGCUCCAUUUUUUUAAUGUGAGAAGCUAUAUCAAAUGAAGCAUCGUUCUUCUUACCUUUCUCCUCAUAGCUAACAAUAGAUACUUUCUCCUAUCAUAAAACGGAGUGUUUGCCUGGAAUAGUUUACCUGUCUGUGUCUCUUAAUGUGGUAUGGAUUUGAAACAAGAAGAGAGCUAGAGUUUCUCUGGCUGGCAUGCAAUACAUCCACAUGAUGGGUUGUGUCUUAUGGUUUGCCCAAGUAAGGAACAUGUGAUGUGAUCGAUUUCCUGUAGCUUCUCUUUCAGUUCUGCCCCUGCCUUUGCCCAAAGCAGACAGGGAUUCUCUCUUUUCCCCCAUCUGCCUUUGAUCUCAAGUUUCCCCUUUGAAUUUUUCCUUUCCUUUCUCCUUUGUGUUUUUCCUACCUCUUCACCCCCCCCAAAAAAUCUGGAGCAGAGAUUCCAUUUCUUCCAUUUCUUCUUACCUGCUUUUUCUGCUGGUUUUAUUCUCUUCUGUGAGAAAAGGAAAACCUUAACUUUUCUUCUCCUCCGCUGGAAGAAGAUAUUUUGUGUGACAUGCUGAUCCAACUAUUGCUACUUCUUCUCCAGGUCCUAAGCAAGCACCUGGCUAUGUUUUUACUUGCACAACCAUUUACCUUCUCCAGACUAGAAGCUAGCAAGGAAAGCCAAGCCAAGUGUCCUUUCAUUAAACAAUCAAGAUGCGAAAUAGGUGGUAGAAGCAACAGAGAGCCCCGAGCCAUGUUCUUUUCCAGCAUACAAUUAAAUACACAUUUUACUUGCACGUGACUGUUACUUUGUCUGUUCAUUGAAUCUAUUUAAAAAUUGUUUAAAAGAUUUCCAUCUCCCCAUCUUUUUUUUUAUUAUUUUUCAAGCCAUUGCCCAAACAUAUGGUGUCAAGACUCUGCGAAUCUAAGAAGGUUUGUGCUGCUGCCGACAUGCAGCUUCAGGUAUGUUGUUUGGUUCCAUGUGAUUUUAACCUUACUAUGAAGUUGUGAAAGAUCUUAAGAUUAGCACAGCAUCAUUUUAAAGUUAUGACUCAGUGAUGCAGAUUCUUUGGCACAUUUGUACAACUGUUGAAUACUUAAAAUGAAUUACUUUAAAACUUCAUGGGAUUUUAAUGUCACCGACACUUAAGUGUAGAAUGAGUUGCAGUUUGAAAGUAAUACAUAUCCAAAUAAACUUUUCUUAAAGCUAAAACUUGACAGUCAAAAGUCAGUCUAAGUUUUUUUAAGUCUGCAAUGCUGUUAGAAAAAGUUCAGGGAACUCUGUAGGGAAAGAGAUUUCUACAUUGUGCAGCAGCCAGUGAAAACCUACUUCUAUGGAAUGAUGUGAAUUUUAACACUGGUUUCUUCUUGACUUCAAUUAAAAAAGAGACAGACAGCUUCAGAAGCACAUCUUCCAAACACUAGCGUGAAUUCCCCGCUGCCUUAACUUGCCUCUGAUGUUGACUAGUGCUAGUGCUGAACUAGGUUUCCUUUUAAUCAGGAUCUGAAACUGCAGUUUAAACUGGGGUUCAGAUCCUAGUUUAAAGGCAAACUUGGUUAGUGUGAACUGGUUGAAGGUCAGUGCCAAUAUUUAUCUGAACUCUAGUUAAGGCAGAGUGGGAAUGAAGAGAAGAUGGGAGGAUAGCUGCCUCCUAGUUUUCUUGGUCAUGGGUAACAAAGAACCAGCAUUACAUCUGCACUAGCCCCAUGAUGUGCCUUUGAUCUCUAAAUUUGGUGCACAGAUAGAAUGAUUGUUCCUGCUUCCUUAUGAUAGAUUAUAGUGGGUUCCUGAAUCUAAAUGUCUUGCUUGUGACCUCUGGAUUGGAGGAUGAGGCCAAAUAAUGUGAGGCCUUAUCAAAGCCAAAUUGUGUUUUACUUUGUUUUUUGUUUCUUCUUUUUCUUGGUUAAUUUUGAUAUAUAUAUGUUGCAGCUUUAUUUUGUGGAUCCAUUAAAUAAAAGGCACUGGAAACUGUCAGCCUAAAAUAUAAAUAUGCAGAACAAGAGCAUGCAAGCCAAGUUUUCAUUCUGGCAGUGGACUUGAAUGGUUCAUAAGUUGCCAUGUGCUUUUCCAAAAACUAAUCAUUCUAACAGAAGCAACAUAAUCCGUUAGAAAUGUUUACAUGCUUAUUUCUAAAGACUCUGAUAAAUGCAUAAGCCAGAACAAAUCUAUAACAAAUAAAUGCAUUUCAGGGGAAAUCACGAGCUAAUCUAGUAUGUAAAUGUAUUUAUUUAUUUAUUUAUGUAUUUAUUUAUUUAUUUAUGAACCCAAAUCUAAUUUAUUCUAAAGAGGAAAUGCAUUUGAACAUUCUAAAUGAGAACUGAUUCUAUUUUAGGUAAUUUACGCACAUAACAUAUUGGCUUAAUCAUAAAAAAUCUUCCCCAAGGAAGUUCAUCUCUAAGAAAAUACUGAAUAAGGUUUUCAGUUGUGUUUAUUUUAAUGAAAAUGCAUUUGGUUUGCUCUCAAAUUAUUAAAAGAGCUCUUUUUAGGGAUAUUAAUCAGCGAACGAAAUAAUUAGAACUAGCUUAUUGGGUAAGAAAAUCACCUGGUAUCCCCCUUUUCAUUUAUUUCCCUUAACAUGAGAUACAGAGCUUGAAGAAUAUAUAUGAAUGAAUGAAUGAAUGAAUGAAUGAAUGAAUGAAUGAAACAAGUGGAGAGCAAGUACAUAGAGUGCUUUUCUUGUGCCCUUGCAGUAUGCUAUCUGAACUGAGAUCGGUAGGGGGAUCUCUGAGUUGAUCAUAAGGUCCCAGUGAUGGAGAAACCCGUCCUGUCUUUUCUCAGGUUUUCUGCUUAAAAAAUAUACCAUCCUGGAACAUGCUGAGCCCUUCUGUCAUGACAUCAAGAGCUGUAAUAGCAGUCACUUUUCUCUCCCUUGGCAGUCAUAGCAAUUUCUCCAACACCAAGCUUGCUUUGGAAAUUGCAGGGUGACUAAGAGUUAUGCAUAGGUCAUCCACCUCAUCCCACAAAGAACAAGGACAGUCUGAAACAUAAUUGUGGUUAAAUGUCUGUCUCCUCCAAGCCUCUACAGGAUAUCAAGGCUUAGAUAAUUAUAACUUUAAAUUCUUAGCUCUUUCCCCUUCAGUUCUCUCCAAACCCACAGUUUGACUGGGAAUAUUUGGAAUUCCAAAUCUAGGGUAGAGGCUUUUUGUUCUCCUUUCACAUAUCGCAAGAGUCUUUUCUGAACUGUACUGUUUCACAUGGGUAGUUGCAUUUAAACCCUUAUUUCACACAGUCCAGCUCUCUCCCUCAUGGGUUAUAUUUUUAGGUGCAAGGAUCUUUAGAAAAACAAACAGAUGAGGUGGUCCAAAAUAGAAUAACCCUCCUGCAAUCUGAAGUAAUUUAAUUUUUGCCCCGCCAAAAAGCAGAAUAAGGGAGCCUCCAGGCACAAGUACUGGCAUAUCUAUAAAAGUUGUAGAGCUUCAUAGUAAUUGAGUUUUUACAGGCCUCUCACCAGAUGAGAGAUAAGUGAGUGGCAAGGUCAUGUUAUAAUGUUCUGUGCCAAGUUCCACAGAGCACAGGACUGAUAAAUCAGUGGUUCUUUGUGCCAAGAAAUAUCUUGGUGCAAUUCAAUCUGUAUUAAGCAUUUUUCAGCCAUGUUGCCUUAAUUGGGAAAGAGAAGCACAUGAAACCUAAAAGUCGGUAACUCUGGUGAAUCAAUCCUCUCAUUUCAUUUUAGAUACACUGUCUUACAAAAUGUUACUUUCCAUCCAAAUUUCUAGUGCGAGCUCUUUUGUGGGAUGAGAGAUUGUGGCAGUACUGGGAGGACACCAGAACCCUGUCUUUAUGUUCUAAGACUCGUUUGAAAAGGACCUGGAAAGGAAUUCUCCCCACCACUAUAGUUUUCCAUGGGAAUUUAUGUGGUACAAUACUGGGGUUUGGUUUUUCUUGAAGAUGUUCUUCUCAUGGUUUGGCAUCCACAUCUUGCCACUCCCACAAAGACUGCCUCCCUGUUAAAAAAAAAAAAGACAGUAUAUUUUUAAUGUACAGCAACCAUUCAUGACUCAAAUUAAUUAUAAUUUGAUUCUUUAUAACUUUGCUCUAGGCUUUGAUUGAUAAGACCAGUUAUUAAGAUGUCAAAAGCAAAAAAUGGAGUAACACCCUCCCCUCCGUCUUCAAUGUUUCUUUAUAAAUAGCACAUCAGUGAUGGCCUCAAUCAAAAUUUGGCUAGAAACCAACCAUAUGUCCCAGCCUGCCUUCAAUAUAUUAGCUGCUGUUCAAAUAACACUGCAAAAAUAUGCUGGUGGAUCCAGCAUAGUGCUUGAUUUCUCCUCUGCUUUCCUGUCUCCCUGACUUGUUCCUAUUAACUCCAGGUAUUUAGCUAGAAAUUAGUACUGACGCAAGAAGUGGAAGCCUUGGAUUUGCUCAGGUGUCCUUUUAUAACAGCUAUGCAGAAAUAAAGAUCCUGAGGGCUGUGUGGAGGAUGCUUUUGUAAUACAAGAGUCGAUAAGACACAUGUGCAUACCUACCUGAUGCGACAGUAUGGUAUCUUUUAAGGAUCAGGCUGAAGUCCUAUGGUUGUUUGGCGGCUUCCUUUUGAAAAAGCAGGAUUUUUGUGCAUACACAACACUUGAGAAUAGAUCACCAUCUAGCUCAGUAUUAUCUAUGCUGAUUGGCAGUAGCUGUCCAAGUUUACAGACACAGGUCUUUCGGAGAUGCCAGGGACUGUAGCUAGAGUCUUCUCCAUACAAAACAUAUGCUGUUCCCCAGUAUUGAACAUGUGAACAGAAUUAUGUUUGUGUGUGUGUGUGUGUGUGUGUGUGAUGUGGGUGGCACCACUGAGCCUCUUGGGCUUGCUGAUUGGAAGGUCGGUGGUUCGAAUCCCCGCAGCAGGGUGAGCUCCCAUUGCUCUGUCCCAGCUCCUGCCAACCUAGCAGUUCAAAAGCACGCCAGUUCCAGCAGAUAAAUAGGUACUGCUGCAGCGGGAAGGUAAAUGGCAUUUCUGUGCGCUCUGGCACUCACCACGGUCCUCCAUGCGCCUGUAGCAGUUUAGCCAUGCUGAUCACAUGACCUGGAAAACUGUCUGUGGACAAACGCCAGCUCCUUCGGCAUGAAAGUGAGAUGAGUGCCGCGACCCCAUAGUUGCCCUUGACUGGACUUAACCCUCCAGAGGUCCUUUACCUUUUACCUAUAUAUUUGGAAGCCGCCCAGAUGGCUGGGGCAACUCAAUCAGGUGGGCAAGGUACAAAUAAUAAUGAAAUUAGUAUUAUUCUGAACGUUAUUCUAUAUUACUCUUAUGAAGAAAAGCAAGGGAAUGCAUGUAUUUUAAUCUCUUUUAUUCUGCUGCAUGUCUGAAUUUUUUAACCACAUGCUGAAUAGCAAGAGUGAGCCAUAGCUCAGUAUAUAUAUUAUCUAUCUAGAUCUUUUAUGCUGUCUUGGACCAAAUAUACCAUGGGAAGCAUCCUCUAGAGAAGUCAACCACAGAGAUUUUGAAGGAAACUCAAGAGAAAUUCUAUGGAUUGCCAUACGUUCCUAAUACUGUGAGUACCAUAUUUCAUGCGGAUUGAUAUUUUAAAAGAAAACGAAGGUUAAUGGACUUAGUCAUGUUCAUUAAUUUCUGAGUAAAAAUUAAUUGACUACCACCCAAAUGAUUUUAUGUUAUCAUUUUUAAAAGUUUUUUAUCUGUGGAACUGUUUUAUAUCUGUUAUUAUAUUGUAAAUUGCUUUGGGAUGAUUCAUGGGAAGCAAUUCGCAAGUGAAAUAAAUGCUACUAGUAAUAAUAUAGCUUGAGGUGAGGAGUCUAACAUUCAAAAUAGGAGGGGCAAGUAAAAACAUCCUUGAAUAAGACCAGUGACUUGGAUGCACCUAAGGUAGCUGUCUGGACCCCAGGCAUAGUUUAGGCUUAUUGCAAAGCAUAGAAAAAAUAUUGAGACUACUUCAAAAUGUUUGGCUGUUACUUCUUUUUCAAUUUCCUAAAGGGUAUAAUGUAAUCAUUAGCCUGCGUGCAUUUUACACAAGUGAGGUUACAAACAGUUUAAAUAUGCAUUGAAGAACUUCUGAGUGUUUUUAUAAUGUUGUACAGAAAGCAGAAGUGGGUCGUUUUUAAGUGAAAUAUAUGUUGUGGUCAGUGUGGCUCUUUCAUUCAAUUUGCAAACCCAGAAAAUUCAAAAAUUCAGAUUUUAGAGACGCUUGUGAAAACAUCCUUUAGUUUUGGAAUGCUUGUAACUUGCUGCUUCAGCCAAAGUGGAAAACCCAUUUGUUUAUACAAAUUGUAUACCCUUGGAUUAACUUUCAACUGGGUCAUCUUAAAGUACACUGUAAAACCAGGUUUUACGAGACUGCGUGUAGGAAGAGGAAAAUUAAAUGAAUGUGUAACAAACCCUUUGUGGAUUUUUCUGUAAAUAGUCUCUGGUUAUUGUUUUAUAAAGGUGGUUUCAUAAACUCAGCAUUCAUUUCAAAACCAUAACAAAGUUAGUACUUUGAAAACCAGCUCAUGAAUCUUGGAUUGCUUUUUUUUUUUUUUUUUAAGAGAAGCCCUUUCAUUUGUUCAUUUGAACAGAAAAGCUACAGAUAAUGAUCACAGGAAAACUGAACCCCACUUAGGUCCCAUUGAAAUCAAUGGGGAAAGUUAGUUGUGACUAACUGGAGCUAUUAAUUUAGUAGAGCUUAGGCCAACGAUCUUCCUUUGAAGUGAGGCCAACAGUUUUCAGGAAACAUUUCCCCCCAGCUAUUCACAGUUCUUGAAGCAGAAUGUUUGGAAGUUGUCAAAUUGUAAACCACUUGAAGCUUUUAAGGAAAUUCAGCCCUUUAUGACUGAUGCAUUAGUGCUUUUUUAGUAAUAGGGUUGUGCCAGAAGUGGUUUAGUCAUGCUGGCCACAUGACCCUGAAAACUGGCUGUGGCGAAACGCUGGCUCCCUUGGCCUGAAAAGCGAGAUGAGCGCCACACCCCAUAGUGUGACUGGACUUUGACUGGACUUAAUCACCCAGGGGUCCUUUACCUUUACUUUACCUUUUGGUAAUAACGUGGCAUUUUGCUUACACAUUGAGGGGUUACUGGCUUCCCCCUUCAGACUGCAUCCUCCUACCCUCAAGAGUCGCUCAGGGUUGCUGGAAUUCCCUGGGAGCCUGUGUGGUGUGGCACAAAGUCUGCAGCCUGUGGAAAAAAUUGGGGUCCCCCUCCCCUACCUUCUGUGUGACUGAAUGGCUUUCCCCCAUAAUGUAUGGGGAGUUUGGACACAAGUCAUAUGCAUUCUAUACAAUUUGGGAGCUUUUUUCUGAAGCCUGCAGACCUCAUUGACCCGCAUGUAGCAGUGAGCAUAUAUAGGACCAGGGAUGUGAUUAGAUUUUGCCAGAGCCUGGCUUGGAAAUGAGUUUCUAGGAUACUUAAAAGCGUGCCUUAAAGGAGAUGUUGACUUUUAGAAAUCCCUGGACUACUCCCUGCAACACCCUUUGCUAACCUGGAUCAAUAUCUGGGUCACAGAAGAGUUCCUAGUCUCUCCAUGCUAGCUACCAAAGUGACCUCUCCUCUCCUUCCUUUACUUACUUGUAGCCGCAGCAACUGCAAAAGGGCUUGCGAAGGAAGGAAGGACCCUCCGCAUUGUCCCAAUAUGCCACUCUUCCUGGGCACUAUGGCCAUGUGAUAUGCCUUGGGAAGACUCCAGUUCCCAAGAGCCACUGCUCUUUCAGCCGUGACAUGCAAUAAUCCAUUAAAAAGCUAUAAUUAAUAAUUCAAGGACCAUAUGGUAUCUUUCCAGAAACACCUAAGUGGUUAAUUGAAUGUGAAAUUCCUUUCCUCUUCUCCAAUAUAAACUACUACAAAAAUAUUUAUAUCCCUUGUCUUGCUGGGUUUAUUUAUGAGUUGGUAAUAAAAACACAGAAGUGUUAUAAAUUGAAACUUUAAUCUCUCGUUUGACUCACUUUUCAAAAUCUCAGGGUGCUUUUGUUGUUGUUGUUUUUUACUUUCCUAUUCCUGAUUUUAGAAUACCCCCUUCCUGUAUUAUUUUAAGCUGCAACUGUACACACUUACCUGUGUGUGCACAGUUCACAUAUGUUCACAUUAGAGUUGGACUUAAAUUAUUUAUGUAAUAAUUCAUUGCAUUUAUAUCUCACCUUUUCACUAAGAAGUUCAAGGUGGCAUUCUUGGUCCAUUCAUCCCCAUUUAAUCCCCACAUCAAUCCUGUGGGGCAGGUUAAUAAUAAUAAUAAUAAUAAUAAUAAUAAUAAUAAUUUAUUAUUUAUACCCCGCCCAUCUGGCUGAGUUUCCCCAGCCACUCUGGGCGGCUCCCAAUCAAGUGUUAAAAACAGUACAGCGUUACAUAUUAAAAACUUCCCUGAACAGGGCUGCCAGGUUAGGCUGAGAAGCAGUGACUGGCCCAAGGUCACCCCCAUGAGCUUCAUGGCUGAGGGGAGGAUUUGAACCCUAGUCCCCCCAGGUCAUAGUCCAACACUCUAUAACUGUUACUCUACACUGGCUAUGCAUAGGUUUGCACUGUUAAAAGGCAAUUUUGCAAGUUAGCAGAAAAUGGAAACUAAUACUUAUAUGUAUUUGAGGCGGUUGCUGAUGACCCAUUCUCCCAGAAGACUUAAAUGGAGGCUUAAAUCCACUGUCUAUGACCAAGAGGGCAUAAAAAUGUUAGGAGGGCCUUGCUGGAACAGAACAAAGGCCUGUCUAGUCCAGCAUCCUUUCUCCUGCAAUGGCCACCCCCAUGCUUUUGUGAACCAGGGCAUGAAGGCAGCAGCCCUCCCCUACUCUUGUACCAUAUGGCCACCAUGGCUAGAAACAAUCCCAGUGAGUAGAUUGCUUUCCCUACAGGAAAACAGGACAUUUACUGAAGAGGCAGAAUUCCCAUAUUUAAGAUAUUCUGCGCUUAUCGCCAUCUUUGGGUUAUAAAAUAGCUAAGAGAAGAUACCUCAUUAAACAUGUAAGCUUCUUUGAGUUACCAAGAAGACUCUCAGGGAGAAUGAGCAACCUAAUCACAAAAUCUUUACCACUUCAUAAACAUACAGAACAGGAUGACCCACAGGGGAUUAUAAAAUGUUGCAAUAACUUAAUAAUGCUGUUUGCCCAUACAUUCACACAAAGAGAGUGAUAGCAUCAGAGGCAACCUUAAGUCGUCCCCCCCUCCCCCCGAACAGAGACCAGGAAGCAGUUUUGUUGUUGUCUAGUUUAUUGGAAUGUUGUACAGGGUGGGAUUCUAGGAGACUCAAGGACAUUUUCACUCUGGGUGGGUAGGUAGUUUAGUGGAUAGGUUUUGCUUCACCUUCUACCAGAUUGCCAUCUUUUGGCUUGGGAAAGCGGUCCUUGCCAGCAACCGUGGCUUUUAUCAUUUAUUUACUUGUAACUUAACUUGCUUUUACAGCAUUUGCCUAAGGCAUGUAUCUCUGGUCUGAUUCAUCUUGUUCAUUCCUGCUUUCUGAAGCGUAGCAUUCAUGAAUUUCAUUGAGUUUGAAGCAUUCAUCUCAAGUUGUUAUGCUAGAAUGCCUUUUCCGUACAUCACAUACAGGGCCAGGUUACCUUUAAUGAAACGCUAUUCUCUUUACAGCCCAAGACGUAGUGAAACAGACCAUCCCUUUGCAGGCACUGCAUUGCAAAACACAGGGAGGUAUUGAACUAUGUUUUAUUCAGAAGAGACCCAUGGAAAUUAAUGGAUGUGGCUAAUGUCCAUCAACUUCAAAAGGUCUACUCUGAGUAAAACUUGAUUGAAUAUCAUCCACAGUAUUCUAUAAGAUUCACAACAGUAUUAUGUUGCUGGCACAUGCUGGUAUGCUUGUCCUUACAUUUGCUGUCAUGUUACCUGUUCCUUAAUGAAAACAGUAAACUAGCCCCAAAACAUUUUCAUGCAUCAAAACAUUUUGACACACAAUUAAUUAUCCUGAAGGAGGCUAUACACUCGAUUGCAAAGCCUUUCUCUUUAAACCAUACUUUAUGUGGUACAGUACUUUUUUCUAAUUACCCAGGACACCCUUUAAGGAUAUUGUCGAAGUUUUCAUUAUGAAUGAAGAUCAAUAGGGAGAUGUCACGUUAGGAGAAAUUAUAGCUUCUGAUUUACAGUCUUGUUACUUCUGAUUUGCCUGCCAGCUUAAAUAGUUAAUCCCCAUUCCAUCCAUAUUAAUAAACAGUCUACUGAUGUGAAUAAAGAUUUGCUUCCAUAUAAAAGCAUUCUGGAUCACCUGAAAUAAACAGAUUAUUUUCAUUCUAGACUAAUUCUCUAUAAGUUGAAGGGUAGCAAACUCUUUCACAAACAUGUUUGGCUAAAAAAAAGUUUAUUUUUAAAUAAUUGGCUUUGGAGUUCUAAAAUCACAGCAGGCAACUCUCUCCUCCCCUAAAUUCUCAAGCCAAUUGAGUGAGAGCAGUGCUUCCUGGAUAGGCAAACACUUGAAGGAAUCAGAAAAUUACCAAACAUCAUUUACUGACAGUUGAAAAGAUUCAUGCAAAGCAAUUAAUUAGUACUUUCAGCACAGCCCUAAGUAGGUCUGUAUUAAGUUCUACCAUGUUAUCUUCAGCUUUAAAAUCUCUCUGCUUUUGCAAAUGUUAGGUCAUAAUUUGAUGUAGUGAUCUCCAACAUUUUGCCCCAUAAUUCCAUCAAUAUUUGACUAACUCAGACUGCUUACAGCUUUAAAGUUUAACUGACCCCUUUAGAUAGCAUAUGGCUGCAAUUUGCAUCAAAGCUUUUUUGUGUGCUAAAUUGAACAUAGGGUAUUGUAUUAAUGCACUUAUAAUUAUGUUUUAUAGUCCUAGAAUAUAACAAAUGUGUGUUUUAUUUAAGACUCUUGGCCACAAGAGAGCAGUUAGCUUUUCAUCCUUUCUAAUAAAAAUCAUGUAUGGGGGUUUUGGAAAAUGUUCAGACAAGAUAAUCAUUGGUGGAUUGAUGGUAUGUUGAUGGGAAGCAGGCAUCUUUAAGUAUUAAUUUUUGUAGCUCAGUCAUGCACCUUUAUUUCUGUCUGUUAUACUAUAUGAAAAAAAACAGGAAGGAACAUGACCUGCAAAUGGCAUGUUAUCACAACCUCUGGGCUAUGCUAUAGAGCACAUCACGAUUUAAUAAACUCUUGGAAUGUUUUCCUGCAGCUUUUUCAAGACUUAUUACAUAUUUAACUGGAGCAGUUGAUGUAGUUGAAGACUUCAUCAGCUUGCUUGCAAGUUAGAAACAUGACCUUCAGUAAGGUGUAGGUUUUACUUAUUUGUGCAUGUAGCUGCAGGCUGGGUGAGUUGCCAAAUGGAAUUUGAAACAUGAGGGUUAUUUUUAUAGUUGAAAAGAUCAUAUUGUGCAGUGACAGAAAUGUGGAUUAUAAGCCGCAAUUGAAAUGAGAGUUAAACUAUGAAAUGGGAAGAACACCACUCUUUCACACUUCCUCCUUCAGCUCUAUAGACUUUUCAGUGCUAAGCUAGGUGGGAGCAAGUAUGUGAUUCAACAGCUUGCUCUUGACUGCCUAAUCAUGGUGACAUUAGCAUCAUAUACUGCAGCUGUGUAGUGAGGGAAGUGAAUCCUGCAGCACAACCCAUUAAUCUGCAACCUCUAAAUGAAUGGUUAUAAUAAAAAAGUACAUGCAUGAAAAAGUUCUGUGAUGGUAAAAAAUGCCUUUAGGAUGCUGUGACAUGCAAGAUCCCCAUCCUGUCCGUGUCCAUGUCUACACCUAGUUUCACGCAAUACAACAGUUUUGUGCGAUAUCACUGUGGUGCAUCUGGAGACUCUGACUGUUGACAGUGCACCAAACUAACUCAGCUUGCAACACAUUCAUAUUUCACACUAGUGAAACAGGUGUUGUCUCACAUUAAUCAAAGGAUCAAGCCAAAAGCUCUUCCCUUUAAAUCAUUCUGAGGGCUUGGUUGCAAUCAAGAUCCCUCAUGGGAAUGCGUUUGUCUGGAUUCAGUUGGAUGAAGUCACAAAUGCCAGGACUUCAGAAGUGAUCCACUGCUAAUGGAAUGCAAUAGAUAGGUACUCCCUUCUUCUUCUUCUUCUUCUUCUUCUUCUUCUUCUUCUUCUUCUUCUUCUUCUUCUUCUUCUUCUGUUCCUGUCUUUCCAGUCAAUGCAUAUAGCAGCAAACCUGUGGUCCUAUUGUUAGUCAAGAAAAAGGAGGCUAACACAGAUGAGAAGGAGGUGGCACUCCUACCCCCUUUCAAUGCCUUUUAAUAACAAUUACUCUACAGUCUCUCACAUUAAGUGAGAAGCACCACAUUAGGGAUGGGAGGGUGUUUCCCCAUAAAUCAAUGUCAAUUUAUAAGAAGGGCCCAGCUUUAAAAAAUGUGUAUCCAGAGUGAUAACACGACUCAACCAAUGCCCUAUGUUAACUGAGCAUGCAUACACCUCCCCAAGAAUCUUCUGCAAUGCUUGUUUGAGUGCAGAUAUGCUGAGGCUCAUCACAGGCAAGCCAAUAUUGAAAGGGGUUCCUGCAAAGUAAGUAGCUGAAAACCACUGCACCAGAAGAUCAGAAAAAUCCUCUUUUAGAGGCACAGAGAGGGAGAGAGAAAUCUGAAAUACUAGGGAAAACAUCUAUAUUCUUUCACACUUUGGUAAGAAGGUCUGUUUGGAAAUAAUUCAGAUCCUGGGCAUGUAAAGAAUGGUUCUAUUGAAACCUUUCAAGCUGAAACUUCAAAUCCUCAGAUGAAAGACUUAUAAUAGACUAUAAUGAAAACCAACAUGUUUUAUUAAUUCAGCCUAUAUUUCCAAUAUGUUUUAAAUGUGUUUUGUAUGGUGGAUUAUAGCUAAAGGAGUGGUUUCUUUGGGGGGGGGUGUUAAGUUCAAAUGUUGUUGCCAAAAUACUUCUUCACUGUAUGUAGAAUAAUCGGACUUGAAGGUUAACUCCUUUUCAGAUCUAGUUUAGAGGGAAUUAGGAUACAGCUUGAAGUUUGGUAACUUAAUUUAAAAGCUACAGGCCCAUUUUCAUUACAUGUUUUUCUUCUAGUGUAGCAUAUAACCUGCAAACAAUUAUAGGAAUAAUCUAGUCCCUUUGUGGCAGAGCAUGAAUUUUGCUUGGUAGGAAGAAAAGAGAUGCAUUUUCCCAUUAAUUAUUUGAGAGACACUGUUUGAGUUCUAGCUUGUUAGCAUGUACAAUCCUGUGCAUACUUACCUAGGAGUAAGCUUCACUGCAUAGAAUCAGACUUGCUUCCAGUUAAAUCUACAUAGGAUUGUGCUUCACGUCACCUAAAGAGUAAUGUAUUAAAUAUCUAUUCUGUUUUAGAAAAAUAAAUUCUGAAUGAAUUGACUAGUAUACUAACCCAGCUAGCUUCAAACAGGAUUUAAAAUAAAACCAAAUAAGUGCAUUAAAAUGUAUAUAUGAAUUUGUUCUUUAUAAAUGCCAAGUAAGAUUUAUUAUAAAUCAUUACUAAAUGUGCUGAAAACAGGCUCGUUAAAAUUCUGUCAAUACCCAACAUGCUUUGAGAGACAAUCUGGUUUUUGUUUUGUUUUGUUUCUGGUGGUCUGCUGCAGGCUUACCUUUCUGGCUUUUAUAAAAGAAAACACCAACAGUAAUUCUAACCAGUCAUCUCUGUAAAUCGACUCCAGUCUCUGUUCCUCAUUAAGUGAUUCAAAGAGCUCCAGAGCCUGUGUGCAAUUUUCAGGGUGCCAGUUUCCUUGUUUCCACUUGGAUUCAGUGGAAACUUGGGCAAGCCAAUGAGCCUUUUUGCUGGACUCUGCGAAGUCACAACCCCCUUAUCCAGGAGAGAUAUUACUCAUUUUAAUAGCACAGCACUCAGUGCUAUUUAACAACAGUACUUAGAGGAAAAAUCAAAGCAUGAAUCAUAAAUCCCUGACAGUUUAUGGACAAAUAGCAGCAGAAUUACAGAUGAUGGUAAUCUGUUUUAAAUAUACAAACAAAGCAAUGAAAAAUGGCAUGUUGUGUGUGCAUCUCAACUACUCUGAGCCUGUAUUUUGACGUGGGAAGAUGUUCUGGAAAACAGGACAUGUCUCUGCUGUGAUUUGUUUUUGGCAGACUGUUGCAGGCUUACCUUUUCCAGGUGCAACCUUAUAUGUACCUAGAUGGAAACUAAAACAUAGUGACACUUAUAACAUGUAAACUGUGGUUUUUCUUUAAUCCCCCAAAAGAAACAAUGAUGGAUAUAAUGAAAUGCACCUGCGGUUCUCAAGCCAAUUGUUCUUCGGUACCUUUUGCACUGUUUAUAAUAGUUUCUUAAGAUUAGAAAAGCUGAGAUGUUGCCAUUUUGUUUAAAAAAACCACGACUUAAGGGUGAUAUAACAUUUUUUAAACUGAUGCUUUAGUUUCAUAACAAACUUUCUGAAGAAUGACAGAGUUUAUUCUUUUCCUCCCCUUGCAUACAGGCUUGGCAACUCAGAUUCAACCAUCUUGUGGGCUAUGGGGCCAAGUAUUAUUCCUACCUCAUGUCCAGGGCUGUCGCGUCCAUGGUUUGGAAACAAUGUUUCGUACAGGAUCCUUUCGACAGGUACCCCGCCCCCCCCAAAAGGCGUGUUGCUGUGCAGUUUCCAUCUUUACCACGGUUCUUUUACGUACGAUAGCAUUUUUUUUGAAAUUCAGGAGUAAAACACAGCAAAGCAAAGAUUUAUUCUCGGUAGAAGUCAGAUGUGGAGAGAUGAGAGGGUGGUUCGUUUUAAAGAAUUGCAAAUGCAUUGGGUUAUCCAGCUUCCUGUCUGUGUUUAUGAGUAGGUAAGGACUGCGGGAAAAGCAGACUGGAACCUCAGCCAGUGUAUGCACACAUUCAGGGCCCAGCAGAGCAGGAGCAUUUUCUGGAUGACCAGGGAACCAUACUAGCACUCUUGGUAGAUGUCAGUUUAGACCUCUGGCACCAGGUUUGCUUCCCCACCAGAACCCUUUUGUGCCUCUCGUUCUGACGUUUGCAGAGUAUGAUGCGGUGGGGGAUAAAAUGGAAUGGGGGAACACCAGAGAAUAAACCUCCCUCCAUUGUCCAUGAUUCAGAACCACUAAUGACAAUAGAGUGCUACGGAUUGCCUUCCGCUAGAGGGUUGGGUAGUUGCCAUUGUGAAAUAAAACCAUUUUCAGUACUCUUGAUUGAUUGCUUUCCGAACAGGCCUCCUGUGCUUUUUUCUUUUCUUUUUUUUACCUUUUACAUUAUUUCAUUCAGUUACACAUUUUAUCAUUCUUUACAAUACAUUGCACAUUAUACUACCUAUCUAUAUCUGUGUGUAUUUAUAUAUUUUCCUUAUUCCUAUCCUUGUGACUUCCCUCCACCCAAGCUCGGCUUCUUUUGUUUUUCAUUACUUUUAUAUUGUGUUAUACAUAUUGUUUACAUAUUCCCCAAUAACCAUGUUUCCAUAUUUUAACCUUAACUUUAUGAACUUCCAUCAGUGCAUAUCAAUAUCUUUGUUUUGGAACAAUGUUCUGCCAUAUAUUCUUCUACACAUUCCCAUUCUUUCCUCAGUUACUGAUUGGAUUGAAAUUUAAUAGCUGCCGACAUUUUGGCCAAUUCUAUAUACUCACAGAGUUUGUUUUGCCACUCCCUUAUUGAGGGGACCAUGUCCCCUUUCCAGUUUUUAGCAAUCAAUAUUCUGGCGGUAGCUGUAGCACAUAAAAACACCUUUUUCUUGUCAUUAGGGAUGUCCAUUGAGACUAUACCUAAUAGGAAUGCUUCUGGCUUUUUCUCGAAUGAUGUCUUAAACAUCUUUUUUAAUUCUUCGUGAAUACUACUCCAGAAUUUUUUUAUUUUCCUGCAUCCCCGCCAUACAUGAUACAUUGUUCCUUCUCAGGCCUGUGCUUUUCGUAGGUGGCUGCCAUUGCAGCACUACAGCCGCAAAAGCAGCAUCUGCUGAAAGGCUGCAUGCCUCCAUUGCAGUCAGUUGUGAAUAUUGUAGGAAGUUUGUCCCGUGUGGAACUUGCCAUUCUAACCCGUGGACCUUUAGGACUCUUAAGAAACUGGCUUGUUCCUCUUCAUUUCACAAAGACAUAUUUUGCACUGCUGAACUCGCCACAUCAGAACUCAUCAGUGCACACUUGUUGAGGAACCAUCCCCAAAUGGAUGGGAAAUUCCUCAAAUCAAUGAAGGUUUGAGGCAGGUAGAGAAUUCUGUAGGGAGUUGAGAAGCUUGGAGGAAGUCUGAAGAGCAUGUUCAAGGGGCCUCUCUUCCUGCAUGUUUUCCAAGCUCUGGAGGCAGAUUGGGAUUCUCUGACUUUACCCUUGACAUAGCAUGGAAACGUGCACCUGCUUGGAUGCCUAUCUGCUUACAGAAAUGCAGUUCCCAUGUGGUGAUGCACAUGCCAAUCAUCCAUUCCUUCUUAAUCCCAUUAACUCAACCUGGAUUUUUCUAGGGGAUAAGUUGCUGUCAUUUAAAGAACUUCCUGUCAGUGAGUAACAUCACAGUGUUUAAAAUCAAAACCACAUGACUAUUAAUGUUGGAACUGGUCCAGGUCCUUUCUCCGCUGCCUAUUUUAGUGUGAAUGAUACAAUUGUGUACUGAAACGUGAAAUUUCAGCCUCUGAAUUUCUUACAAUUCUGUAAAGCAAAGAUAACACAGACGUGUCACACUUUUCCAAUUCAACAAUGAAAGCUUACUGUUUGGUGUAUAUGUUGCGAGUGGCAACACCAACAAAAUGAUAUGAGAUAUAGAUAUAUAGAUUGCUUUGGUUACAGCUCCAAUCUUUCAAGCUUAGCUUGCUCUAGUGUAACUUUAUUUAUAGUGUGCGUUUCUGAAAUGGACAUGUGAGUUUGAAGCGACAGGCUUCAUUAGAUCUUUAUCUGCAAGGAAUCCGGAGACAGGUGUGACAGGAAUCUGAGCUGCUUGUGAUUGCAGGUGGCUGUAAUAACAAUACCAUCUUUUCCUUCAGGGCAAUGGGUGAACGUUACCGUAGAGAAAUGCUAGCACAUGGUGGAGGAAAAGAACCCAUGCUCAUGGUUCAAGGUAAUAUAAAAUAUUAUCACAGACUGGUUUCCCCCCCCAGUACACUUAUUUAGACAAAGACUACUGCUUGUACUUAAAAAACAAAACCCUGCAAAGUAAACUUCUUUACCACUGUGCCCUUUUCACUGCUCUUUUAGAUAGCAUUUGCUAAAGGGCACACACAAUACAGCCAUCCAGUUCUUCAAACUCUUCUUUGCUGAGGAAUAAAUGGAGCUAUCUGCUUUUAGAGGAAGCUGAAUAUGGGGGCUGGCCCCUAACUGGUCCUCGAUAUUUUGAUAAAGCUAAUUAAUACAAUUUUGAGUAACGUCAUGUUAGACGUUAAGUGAAUAUUCACUUCAAUGUGAUAAUAUUAUUUGCAGGUGUAAUUGGUAAUUGCAACCUUAGCUGUAAGUUGCUAUAACACCAACUUAACGAAACAAGUUAACGGAACCAAAAUCAUUAUGAAGUAAUGAAAGGAACAGGACAGCAACAUUUUGCCAUGGUAUUUACAAUAUUCCAAUUGCUGGUGUUUGAAGGCUAAGAAGGGUGUGGUUAACCCUAGUACUGUAAUAUGGAAGGUGCAGUACUUCAAAGGAGGCAACUUCCAUAGUUGCCCCAGGCUUGGGAGGGACUGAGUCAAAAUUACAGUCAGACCUAUGCCUAAAAUAAAUUCACAGGUUUAAAAACAGCAGCUGCCUUUGUUAGAUCUCAAGAGCUAUGUAUUCUGUAUGUAUCACAUACAUUAUAGUCCCUAAGGAACUAUUGUCGUUACUGCAGUCAUUUGAUCCUUGUGUUUCCAAACAGUGGGAAUCUUGGCUUGGAGGGUGUGGAUUUUUUUAUGUGUCUGGUAAAUCAUGAAUUUGUAACAUUAGCCUAAGUUUGUAAGACUGAAGAGAGUGUUUCGUAAAUAUGACUAUAGCGCAGGCUGUUCAUUGCUCUCAGCGUUUCUCUGUUGAGACAAUGGAAGUGUUUGCCUUGGGCCAUUUCAUGUUUUGGAAAGGGUGAUAGGAAAUAGACCUCUUAGUGCAGAAGACAGCUAUAGCUGGUCAGAAGCUUAACUGGGAUUGAGGAAGAAGAAACAGGGUUUUGGUUUUGAUGCAUUACUAGAACUAGCAAUACAGUCAUACCUUGGAAGUCAAAUGGAAUCCGUUCCGGAAGUCCAUUCGACUUCCAAAAUGUUUGAAAACCAAAUCGCAGCUUCUGAUUGGCUGCAGGAAGUUCCUGGAAACUCCUGGUUUAGGCAUAUCUGAAUGAAGCUUGAUUGCGCACAUGUACACAGUGCCGAACCCAGAAGUUGCCCCCAAAUGUCAUAAAGAUGCCAUGAAAAGGGGCAAGUGGUGCAGGAUUAAGUGCUCCACAGAAGUGGGAGUCCAGAACAUAACCCCUGUGCAAAAUGAGGAUUGCAUGUAAUUCCCCGAAGGGACUGUUGUUAAAACUAUGUUAUGCUAUCAGCAGUUCGAUAACUGGAGGCUGCAAUUAAGAUAAGAUGGAGAAAAUGUUUGAUUUAAGUAUAUCUGACAAGAGACUAAUUCAGUUCAGUUAUAAGAUUGUAAAAUGAUUAUGCUGCUAAAUUUAUCACUGAUAUGAAUAAUAUGGCAUACUACAGUAUAUACCUGCAAUUAGCUGUUUAACCUGGAACGCAGUAUGAUUUUUAAAUUUUUACUGUUUAUCAAUAACAUUCAUUUUUUUAAAAAAAAACAACUUCCCUCCCAUUCAUCCCACACAUACUACAAGACGUCCUCAUUUUGGCUGUGUUUGUAAACUCUGUUACAGAUUUUUACUUCUAGAGAGAAACAAGGAGCGAUGAGCAGUGGUUUCAGGGGCAGGAGAGAAGUGGCUUAUUGUGAGAAAGCGGGAGAACGGCUGUGGGCAGAACUAGUAUUUGGAAACCUUACAGAACUGUUUUAUCAGUGUCAAAUGGAAAUUUAUUGUCAAGACCGCAAAAGUCUCACCAAAAGUGAAGGGGGUUCAAAGAGUCAUCACUGCCAUAUAGCUGAUGCAGGCAGCCGGCUUCUGUAAAAAUUUCACGAGUCCAUUCCCCUCCCCAUCUUUUUUAUUGCAAUUCAUUUGUGUUUUGGAAAUACAGGCUCCCUUAAUAUUCCUCCUCAGAUAACUAAAUGCCUAUAUUAAAGCAUGCCAUAUUUUUAAUCAUCUAGGUAUUAACUUUUUUUAUUCUACCAAAAGGCAAGGUAGCAAGCAUGGCCCAUGUUCAGGGUGCUUCUUAUACUGCCUUUGAUGAUGAAAUAUGAUCUGACUAAAUUUUAAUUCUCCUUUUUCUACACUAUUCAUCAACUUUCUUUAAGGACAUUCUUGUUCUUACUUGCAGUGUACAUAUUUUAGGCUUAAUUAAAAUCACGAUGCGCUGAGAUCCUAGCAAGGAACUCUAAUAGUAACCGCUUCAAAUUGCCUGAAGAUCUGGACUCUUUCUUUCCCUGAUUGGGUGUUUCUUUUUUGGGAACUGUAACUGUACAUCAAAAAAUACCUAAUCAAACCAGUUGGCUCUUGUAGAAACUUAUUAAAAGGCUCAUGUGAAAGAUUUCAGUUUUCCUAAAUGCAGCAACUAUUAUUAUUAUUCCAAUGGAAACCAAAUAGACGGAGGCAUGUCAGGAGUAUAAAGUAAUUGUACUAGGUACUCCUACAGUAAAAGGGUAUUGCAAGGUUAUAUUUACAUUGGCACUUCUGAGAGUGAUUUACCUAAAAGAAGGGCCAAGUUUACACAGAGUGUUUUCUUUGUCCAUUGCAAAACAAUACUGGAAAUUUCCUAAUUUGACACUUAAAAUGACAUGAAAAACACACAUCCAUAUGUUAAACUGCAUAUAUUCAAUUGUAUAUUUUUUCCCUAUGGGAAAGAAAACAUACACACACAAAUUCAUCAGUGGCUGUUUAAAACCAGAGAGGUAAGUACACACAUAGGUUAUGCUUUCUGAUAUACAGUGGUACCUCUGGUUGCGAACGGGAUCCAUUCUGGAGGCCCGUUCGCAAUGUGAAAAGCCCGCAACCUGAAGCGCCGUAUCUGCGCAGGCGCACGGCACGAUUUGGUGCUUGUGCGCAUGCAUGAAGCAUGAUUUAGUGUUACUGCACAUGCGCGAGCGGCGAAACCCGGAAGUAACCCUUUCCGGUACUUCUGGGUCGCUGUGGGACGCAACCUGAAAAAACGUAACAUAAAGCAAAUGUAACAUGAGGUAUGACUGCAUAUCUGUGUAUUGUUUAGAUAUACAUAUCUGCUGGACAUUUACCAGAUAAGUAGGCAUUUCCAAAUAGAAACAUUGUUCCUUUCAUACUUAGGGGAGUGGUGAUCAUGUGGUGUUUCUAAAUCAAUUCACAUAUAAUCUGAUUCCAUGUUUUUUGGCAGAUGCUCUUGACAGCUAUAUUGGAGUGGUUUGAUGUGGCACAAUUUCCUUCCACUUCAGGGCUGCCUUGCUUGUGAAAUCCCAUUUUCCACUGACCUGUGUCCCCCCCCCCCAGGUAUGCUUCAGAAACGUCCAUCAGUGGAAGACUUUGUGGAUGCCCUUGUUUCAGACUUGGAUCAGGAUUUUGAAACGUUCUUCAUGGAUUCUGAAUAG